AUAAGGACACAAACGUCUCCUGAAAUCCAGCCGCUGCUCUGUUUUUACGCAGCAGAUUUGAAGAAACAAACAUCUAAACAGGAGGAGCAGGGACUGAAGGGAAAGUCUCCUCUGCACCGCCGCUAUUUCCACAUCUUUCAAACUAACUUCUCAGGUACAGUGAGCUUUCAACAAAUUCAGGAGAGGGAGGGUUACUUUCAAAUGAUUGACGAUCAAUGACUCCCUCUGUAUUAUUAGUUUGAAAACUACAUUUUCCAUCAUCUCCAAACUCAUCUGUCUCUCUCUUUCUCCUUCACGCUCCUUCCUCUCCUCCUCAGCGGCACACACACUCGGGCAGGACCAGCAGGACCUUUACCAUGACGCGGGUUGUGCUGGAUGCUCCCCUGACUCUUCUCCUCGCCGUGGUCCUCUCGUGCCGGAGCGUCCGCGGCGGUUACGGGAUGAGCUUGUUCGCGGCGCAGACCUCCCCUCCGGACCCCUGCUACGACGAGCACGGCAACCCGCGGCGCUGCAUCCCGGACUUCGUCAACUCCGCCUUCGGGAAGGAGGUGAAGGUUUCCAGCACCUGCGGCAAAGCGCCGAGCCGGUACUGCGUGGUCACCUCAGCGGAGAAAGGUGACGAGAGGACCAGGAACUGUCACACCUGCGACGCCUCGGACCCCAAGAAGUACCACCCUCCAGCCUACCUGACGGACCUCAACAACCCGCACAACCUCACGUGCUGGCAGUCCGAGAACUUCAUCCAGUACCCGCAAAAUGUCACCCUGACUCUGUCCCUGGGGAAGAAGUUUGAGGUGACUUACGUGAGCCUUCAGUUUUGUUCUCCUCGGCCUGAAUCCAUGGUGAUUUAUAAAUCCAUGGACUACGGGAAAACGUGGGUCCCCUUCCAGUUUUACUCCACGCAGUGCAGGAAGAUGUACAACAAACCGAACAGGGCCGUGAUCACCAAGCAGAACGAGCAGGAGGCCGUGUGCACGGACUCGCACACCGACAUGUACCCUCUGACCGGCGGCCUCAUCGCUUUCAGCACGCUGGACGGGAGACCCUCCGCGCACGACUUCGACAACUCCCCGGUGCUGCAGGAUUGGGUCACGGCCACGGACAUUAAAGUCAUCUUCAGCAGGUUGCACACUUUCGGAGACGAGAACGAAGACGACUCGGAGCUGGCCCGGGACUCGUACUUCUACUCCGUAUCGGACCUGCAGGUUGGAGGGAGAUGCAAAUGCAACGGGCACGCGUCCCGGUGCGUAAAGGACCGGGACGGGAAUCUGGUGUGUGAGUGCAAACAUAACACCGCCGGGCCCGAGUGCGACAGGUGCAAACCUUUCCACUAUGACAGACCGUGGCAGAGAGCCACAGCGCGGGAGGCCAACGAGUGCGUGGGUAAGUCCAACCUCACUGUUUCUCUGUUUCCGUGGAGGCUUUCUGAGCUGCUUUUUAUUGAGGUGUAUUUUAGCCAGCCAUGGUGUGAAUAUUGAAGGAAAAAUGACAUCGAUAAAUCAACGAAAUACCUCAAAUAUCUCUAAAUCUUCUGCGUAAUGGCCGCGUAAUACAGACAUCAUAAUAUUAAUAUUAAUAAUUAUAAUAAUGGUCAUAAUAAUAAUUGCAAAUAUAUGAAAAUUUUUGCAGCUUGAGGUCAUUUCCCCCCAGAAUUCACCAUUUCCUUAAAAAUACGACCGCAGCAAAGGCGCAUUUUUCCACCACAUUUUGGCGCACCACCAGCAUCAAAUUGCACUGAAGUCACAUGCAACAUGUAAAUGUAAUUUGACAGUUCAUUUAGCUUGCUACAGGCCAUAAUGGAUCUCUUAAACCUCCUCUAACAGACCACAGGAACCCAGUCAUCCACAGGCAGGAACGUUUCUCCACCGCUGCAAUAAAGCGAUGCAUUUAAUUCAUCGGAAAAAAAUCUGCAACAAACACACCGCAGUGAUAAUGAAACACAGAGAUCUAAUUACAAUAUCUAUGCUCUUAUUUUUUUGUUAAGGACUGUAUCAAAAGGGUUUUAUUUUUCAUCACUUUAACGUAGUCCUUUUAAUUUAGUUACAUGAGCAGAAGCAUUGUCAAACCAUAAAUUCAAUCUUUUCACUCUCUUUUGAUUUCCUUUACCUUUUCUAAGUUUUAAAAAGAGGUUGAAAUUUUAAUAAUUAUUUUUAAGCAUGAUUUACUUCAUAUCAAUAAGCAGAGACACAGACAUUUAAAUAUAUCACAAAAUAACAGUCUAAAUAAACUUAACACAGUAAUGAAAGCAGAUGCCACAUGUUGCUGAGAGCCAAAGUCAUGUUUCACCACAAUCCUGUUUCUGUGUAAACUAUAAAUAAUCCAAGGUAAUCUGCCAGGUUUGUGUACUUUAAAAUGAAGUAUUCAAGAUGAUGUUGGAAAGAAAGAGUUUGAGAAUGUGGAAGAUUGUACAAAUUUACAAAACGACUGUUAAAGUCCAAGUGAAGUUUGCAUCACAAAGAUUUGAGUGUGCUUUAAGUUUUCGUGUUGAUUGGUUUUACCAAAACUUAAGCCUAGUUCGGUGUCUGUUUGUGGCAUUUCCUUUUUUAAAGCGUACCAGUUGGUUUCACCUACUUCGAAUAUAAAUUGACAUGUUUUUUUUUUAAAUUGUGAAUAUGUAGAGAAUCAGACUUGUAGUGACUUGUUGCUCUCAUGGUGCGGCUGCUUCUGAUUAUGAGGUCUGCAGUGAAGAAAGUCGGACAGAGGAAUAGAAAGAUUCUGCUAACAGAGGCUUACAAUUCCAGCGUAACUCCACUAAUCACCUUAAAUGAUGUUAAAAACCCUGAUAUUUCCCCCACUGCUGCGAGUAAGCCUCUGUACUCUCUGACAGUUGCAGCACGUCACACACUCUGACAGUUUUUUAAGAGCUUUUUGUGUGAUGUGUGUUUUCUGUUUCUAAAGCUCGAACAUCUCUCAGCAGCAGGCAUGAAGAUAAUCUUAAUUUCACAAGGGUAGUUUUGUUGAAGUGCCUUCGAUCUGUAAACACUUUGCAAUGCAGAAAAGAGAGCAAUGAAGUUUUGGUUUUUACUGUUUCAAUCAUGGGUGUCAAGUACUAAUGGCAAUCUGUAUGCCUUUUUUAUGUGGAGGCAGUUUUUAUUUUUCUGUAUUUUUUUUCUAGUCUUCAUACAUUUUUUUUCCAGAAAAAAAUAUGUGUGGUGAUUAAAAGAAACUUCACUAGAAUGAAAAAAAUUAGAAAAAAAAGGUAAACUUCAAAAAAAGGAACUUCAUUAUGUUCAGAAGCAACAUUGAGGUUUCAGAUGAAGUCUAUAGAAAGCAAGGGCAGAUUUUAAUUCAUGAAGUGAUGCGAUAAAGUUGUGGAAAAAAUUAAAGAACUUUAUAGUCACAACUCUUGGCACUUGAAGAAACUGACAAUAUACAAACGGAUUUUUUUUGGCGCUUUUUUCUCAGCCAGAACAUCCAAACUUGACUCACUGAAACCAUAAUUUAGCAGAGUUUUGCGCCAAGUCUUGCAGAAAAUCACGAAUGUGCAUGUUAUCAAAAUGAGGGUUUGUUGGUGCAUCCUCAUACUUGACAGCGUGCUGUGUCACAGGACUUUUAGGAGGACGUGUUUCUUUGUGCAGUGAACUUUCUGGAGCUGUGUUUGUGUGUGUGCAGGCAGGAGUGUUGCAAGUUCUUGGCACCCCUGAUAGUUUCUGAUCCUCCAGAAGAAAAAGCGAAAAAGAGGGAAAAUAAAACAAGUCUGGAAACAGAGAAAAAUCCCAAAAGCACACUGAACUCAUAGACAGGUGUGUGUGUGAAUCUGUGUUUUACUCUUAAGUGCGCUUUGUUGAUUACUUCCAUCAGGACCACAGUGGUCACUUUAAUCUUCCUGGAUGUGCUCUUCCAUCCGUUUGAGUUAUGAUUCACAGAGCAAAGAAAAACUCCUAAUGCAACAUCCUCUAUUCAGAGGGAUUCAUCAAAAUUGCUGAAUUGUCUGCCAUGAACUUUACGGAUGCACCAUGGCCUACCAGAACACUCCUCCACUUGGAGAGUAAAGGAGGCGGAACUGUGUCAGCUAAUUGCUGUAUGACGAAAACUGGCUGCAGUCUGAAAUUCCCCUCCGGAGAUAAAUUCUUUCAAUGCAAAUUUACUGUAAAUGUAAUUUUUUUUUAGGAUUGUGCAGUUUGGUUGACGUGUUGAGUGAAAAAGAAGGAAAAAAAGAAGAAGAGAAGGUGUCUUGAAUUAUUCAGGGAGAUUAGAAAAGAAGCUUGGAGGCAUGCAGGAUGAGGGAGACCGACUCUGCAGCUCAGAGAGGAGCAGAGCCGCAGGGAGGGGUGGAGGAUGACAAUAGUGAAAAUAAAAGAGAUGUAUGAUGAGGGAAAUGUGCGAGAGAGGGGGAGCAGAGGAAUAAAGGUGACAUUUCCAGGGCCUGCAGGCCAGCAGUACAUCUUAACAAUUUGCUUAUUUUUCUUUGCGCUGCUCAUCUGGAAAUCAGAAUGUCAGGGGACAGGAGUGAGCCUUUCCUUUUUCCUCCCGUUUAGAUAUUCAGAGUUCUGUCUGUGUGGUCAUGGUGUAAAAAACUGUUUUCUCUAGAUGAUCCAACUCUCUAUUUUUGAUCCUCUCGAACUGGCUGCUGUUUUGUUUCCACUCCUUCCACACAGUAUCAGCUGGCUGACUUUUACUUACCUGCAGUUUUUCCCCCCACUUUUUCAAAACUACAGAAAUCACACAGCUGUCAAACGUUCCCAGGUGCUGACAAAAGUACAGGAUAGUUGACAUGACUGAUUUAUUCCCAUUAGAAUAAUUGCCUUUUGAGGCAACAACCACUUGUACAGAAGACAAGCUGUUCUCAUGCCUUUUGAAAUGUGGGUGUGUAUUGACCUUGAAAUGCUUAGAAGCCAAAAAAAAAAGAAAAAAAAUCUAAAUGAAGGAAAAGUGCCCUGACUGGAAGUGAAAGUUCACCAAAACUGAAAAUUCAGUCAUACAUGUUGACAAUUAAGACCUUUGUCUAUACGAUCACUUGGCUGUCAAUGGAUUAACCUGACAAACUUUUAUUAUGUGACACAUUCACAACAACUUUAAAGGACUGUUUGUUCGAUCAACAGAGUUAGCAUUAAUCAAUUCCAUGUUAUUGAGCAGUUUCAUAGAGAAAAAGUAGUUACGUCAACAACUCUCAGACAUGCCAAAAAUUUUGCAUACAGAAAUGAAAAGUGACCUUGAAUGAACUGAAAUUCAGUGAAGUGGGAAUAGGUUUUGUUUUACUGCAGGUUCUAGUAAUGAUGUCUAAAUUGGAUAUUGAUUAACUUUUUGUAUCACAAUAAACAGUUAGAAAACCUGCUUUCAAAAUGUCAGAGGGUGAAUUUCUUUCGUUGACAUAGUUAGAGUGUAUACGUCUUAUACCAGGAAAAGACAACAGAGAUCAUCAUAGCACCCUAAAGUGAAGCCAGAUUCACCCACCUAUAAAAAAUCAUGUCUGUAACCCUACCACAAACUAAAGAUUGUUGGGUUGUUGUUGACGAUGGUUUAAUUGGUUCAAAAACCGUUUACUUUUGCAGCUACGAAAAUAGUCACUCAGAUUCAACAGUCGGUGGCGCUUCCAUGGCAGCAGUAGAGUUAUUGGUUCACUUACAGAUCAAAUUGACAGCAAAGCCAACCAGUCCUGUCACACUACCAAAGCUCAUACCAUGCUGCAGUUUGUAGUAGGGCUGGGCGAUAAAAUGAAAAUUUACCGAUACCAAAAUUAACUGACGUCAUUUUGCCCAUGUCAAUAUAUUCGGUGUCAAAAAAAUAAAAAAUUAAUAAAAGUUGGUUUUGGAUGUGUGUAGGUAGUCUAUGGUCUCAUGUCCCUUUAAGACGCUGUCCUACAUCAGAGAUGUGACUCCACCCCAUCCAGUCUGUAACAAAGAGGGAAAGACAGGUGAGGAGAUGGAGGACGGUUCAAAAGUUGAACCGGCUGAAGUAGACAAAGUUAAUGUGAAAGGGGGUGAGCAGCUUGUGGAGUAGUUAUCGUCCAAUAUUGUGAUAUUGAUUCGAGGCCAUAUCGCCCAGCCCUAGUUUGUAGUUGUGACUGUUUUCUUUAAUUUGUUUGAAGGCUCUUUCACUCUUAUCCUUGUGUGGUUUGACAUCUAUCGCUAGUCUCACAGGUAUUUUCUUCCUCGUCUUUCUUUCUCUUCUGCGGGCUCAUCAUCAGUCAUUAAACAGGAUUUUAAAGCUCUUGUUUUCCACAAACUUAGGGGGCUAUUAGAAAUAGUCUCCAUGUUAUCUAUCGAUGCUGUCGGAAACAAAUGUAGGUAGAGAUUUAUAAAUGAACUUAACAUAAUCUGCUAGCCCCCUAUCAGCUUAACCAGGUUGAUAGUGAGAAGCCCAAUAAUGAAACUGAUGUCAUUUCCAAGUAUAAGAUGCAUCUUUUGACCUUUUUCUGCAUAAAAUAGUGUAAUUUUCCAGGUAACAUACGUCAUGCCAGAUAUGGAACAAAGAUGUUCUGCAGGCGUAUCCUCAGAUGUUUCCUUGCUGUCAUGUCUGUUUGGUACCUGUCAGACACAACCACAGGUCUGGGUCAUGUUAAAGAAUCUUACCAUGUUGCUGUAAACCGGCGUGCUUCGUCUUCAAAGGUGCAGGCAGAAUGUGUUGUUAGUUCUGUGCACAAAAAACAAAGCUGGCAAUGAAGCAAGUCUUACUAUCGUAAACUCUAUUUUUUUGGAACAGCAUUUACCUCUUUCCUCAUCAAAUCCACACAGAUUUCUUCAAGUCUUUAGCUGCUUGUUCCAUCAAGAGGAGGGGAAUGGUCUCUCUCUCUCUCCGAGACUGAGCUCUUAUCACUGUUUAUGACUCGCUUUGUAAACCCACUGCAAAAAAUAAGUUGCUCUUGUUCCAGACGACUGGCUCGGCCUUCUGUUUUAUAUUUUCAGGACCUGUUGUAUCUCUCAAACAGACAGAAACAUGGCCACUGAGCCAGGGCACACUGUAAGCAAGGCUGAUGGUUCAGUAUAUCAAGUGCUGCAACCAAAGACAGGAAGAGACAGCCAGGAGAGACACACAUCUGCACACACAAGCGUGCAAUAAGGAAUCAGUAAUGGGGAAAACUCUCUGCAGCCCGUUCAGUAAACAGGAGAUCUUGUAGGUUUACAUGUGUGUGUUUGCAUGAGUUCAUGUGCUGCCAACGCACCUUGUGUAUUGCGUGUGCAGAGAGUGUGUGAUUUAUUGUGUGUCCAAGAGGGGAUUUCAGGUGAAAGGCCAGACACACCUGCGGCAAAUUGAGACAGUAUUUUAGAGGAAGAAGCCUUCAGUCAUUUGAGUACAAAUGUUAAAAACACAAGAUUUAUUAAUCAGACUUUAAGGAGACAGUUUGAGAGAAAAACAUGCAGCCAUUAUGAUUCUGUCUUGUAACUUUUGAGUGAAGGCAGGUGAGUUUUCCAGAGAGAAGCAAUGUUUAUGUUUGUACCAUAGACUGUCUGAAAAGAUGGAUGACACGGCUCCUCUCCAAAAGUAAAGCAAGAAAGUUUGGGCUCCCCCUUCUGGUAGGCUGCAAUUUAGGUCACAAAGCCCAUCACUUCUUUGUUAACAGACAGGAUGUGUGUCAAACUAUAACAUCAAUAUACAAACAAUUAUUUAUCUCAUAAAACAUGGUUUCUGACAUUUUAGUUACUUCUUUUCAUGCUGUUUUUCCACAAUGUCAGUUUUUCAGAUAAGUCCAGUUUGAAUUGGCUGUAAAAAUGGGUUUAUGGAGCCAUGAUAAACAGCACUGCUGACUAAUGCAGCUCCUACUGCACCGUGUAAAAACAGGCUACCAGUGCAACGGAGGAAAAAUGACAAGUUAUUUUAACCUUCCAAGUUUGCAACUCAAGAAUAUGUUACGUUGAAGACCUGCCGGAUGUCAUGAUCAUGGAUCUUGUUGUUUUAUUGUUAAGUUAAAUAUGUGCAUUUGUUUGUAGAAAAGCAUUAGUGCAUUGGCUCCACCUGUUAAGUCCAUUUGUGUUAGGGAUGUUCCAACAAGGGUACCUCACGAUUUCUUUCGAUCUUAGGAGCUUCGAUUCUCGAUUCGAUUCGAUUAUUGGUGUCAUGAUUCUUCGAUUACUGCCAUUUUUAAUGCUUUUUUCCAUAGAAGAUUUGAUGUCUUUGUAAAUGAAUAGCCCUGCUCUCUCAUAAAAUCCAAAGUACUUCCACACGGUUGCAGUCAACCCCGAUGACGAGAGAAUCGGACGCUCUUUGGAGGCUGCUGAAGCUGUUGCCAUUUUGCAAAGAAACAAACAUGCUCUGUCUGUCACUAAACAGUCCGAGCGGCGCGUGCGUUAAGGUUCCAGUUACGUGUUUUUUGUUCCAGCCUUGCGGCAAAGUAUCAACUCUAUUAUCAAUUUAUGAAUUUUUUUAAGCAAUGACUUUAAUUAAUCAAUGCCGAAUCGUCACGUGAAGCUUCACGAUGUAUCGACACAUUGAUGAAUUGAACCCACCUCUAAUUUGUUUUAACUUACGCAGGCAGAGCCUCACAUAUGGGGUAUUUUCGCCAUGUCCUCUUUCUUAUAUACAGUCAAUAUAUGAACUGGCCAGAUAUUUAAAGCACUGAACUCUAUUACAGUUGAUAAAUCCUGUUUCUGUCCUUUGUGUCAGUCAUUUUGCACCGCAGAUAGCCCCCAGACCUGGGUCAAAGGUUCUUGAUUUUCAGGUUCCAGAGAGCUGUCAAAGUUUCUGUUUCAAACAUUUCAGAAAGAGAGCGUACAAUCCCAGGCGUAAGAGGGUUUAUAAUCACAAUGACUUAGGUUUAAAUCGACGCCGUAGUUGUAACACAUGAUGUAGAUUCUGUGGAGUAUGUCGAAGCAUGGCGGAUCUUGAAGCUAUUAAUGUCAGUGUUUUUGGCUGCAGCCCCCUUUGAGCUGGAAUUUUUGGAGCUAGUUGUUGCCUGUCAUGAAGCCUGUUCAAGAAACAAUUACAUUUUGAUGGAGCUCCACUUGCACAGAUAAUACAAUCUGACAAGCCUUUGAAGAGAAGAAAUGAGUUUACAUAAAAGGAGUUUGAGAAUAAUAUACAGAUUGGACAGGCUGUUAGCACACAAAGCAUCAAUUAGAAAGUGUUUGUGCUGAGAGAACUACAAGGAAGGCUGCCACUUUUCAUAAAAGUAAAAAUUAAACCCAAAUACAUCUGUAAGUGUGUUUUUCUGGAGCUAUCCGCACGUUGCUUUGUAUUAGUCUCAAGUGAAAAGAGAUCAUUUUCACUGCGGCCAGUUUUACUGCCUCUGACAAAGCCCAGGUUGCACAGCUCGGGGGUCAAGGAAUGUAUUCACUUGUCAGAAAAGACAAAACCUACUCUGAAAUUUCACAGCCUCGGUGUCUGCUGUUGAAUUCAGGCUCCUUUGGGCAAAGUGAACAUUUCUGCGGCUGCUUUGGCUACGACACUUAAUGCAACACAGAUCCUGCUCGUAGGGUGAUUGUCGGCCUGUGUGUGUGUGUGAGUGAGGAGGUAGUGCGCACACUCGUACCAGAAAUGGAACCUCAACCUUGUUUUUGAGAAACGGUUUGGUCGGGAGCCAUAUUGACUCCAAAAGAAAACCAUAUUGUGUUACUCUGCUGGCUCCUGGCCUGGACUCACUUCCUCUUGUCACCGUCACUGGUGCUUGAACUCACUGUGGACUGUGGCUGGUUUAUCACAACAUACAGGCAAGGCCAGGAUGUCAGAUUGUCAUCAUCAUAUUGUUUUCAUUUUGGAGAUUUGUUUGGAUCAGAAAUAUCACCACCGCACACCUGUGGGUGAAAACAUGCGCUCUUUGUGUGCCUCCUAUUCAGAAUCUUUCCAUCCAAUCUCCAGCGCGCUCUUCCAGCAGCUGGUGAUAAUUGGUCCGGCCUAUGAGAUUUAAAGUCGAUCUUUUCCCCCUUCCCUCCAUCCUUCCAACACAAAACUCCACUUACAGUAUCAGCUGCAGGAGUAGCUCACUUCCGCACUUUGUUUUUACGCUGUCAGGUAGAGCCUCCAGAGAGAAACUUUGGCACGCCGCACACCAACGAUUUUCAGCAAUCUUAUUAAUCUUUUUCAAACCACAGACAUGAAGUAGGUUUUCUUUUACAGCGAUGACAGCUGUUUCAUUAUUUUCAUUGGAAGGCGUGCUCUUUGACAGCGCUGAGAGUUUGAUCCGAGCUGGUUUCCUCGGGGCAAAAAGUUAAAUGCAUUACAAAUUCACCAAAACGGUGUUAGAACAUGACUAGAAUGUUUCGCAGAUAUGUGCAAAAAGAGGGUUUGAAGGACACAAGGGAUGCAGGCAACAUAAACAGUUAUGUACUCAACAACUUUUCGUCGUCCUAAUUCCUGCAGAGACAGAAACAUGCUGUUGAUACCUGCUGCAGCUGUCUGCCAGUUAUCAAUAUGUGUGUUUGACAUUAUACGGUGAAUUUAUUUGCAUGUGACGGAGAAUAGAUUGUGCAACUUAUGCGAGUGGAUUGUCCGCCUGUGGGUGUUUACACUAACUGUAAUUCUGUCAGGGAUGUGAGCGGCCCUUCAGCGCCCGAGGAGACGUCUGUUAAUGAAUUAAUUGGUGACUUGAUGCCACAGUGAAAGCUCGUCUCAGCCCAAGGAGGAUCUGUGUGUGUGUUGUGGGUUUGGCAGAAACCACAGGGUUAAGUGUGUUUGUGUGUGUUUGUGUGUGUAAGGCAGACAAAAGGACAUCAUGAGAGAUUGAGAAAGAGAGAAACAGAGGUGCUUGUGUGCAGCGGAAAGGUUUGGUUUGGUUUGGUUUGAGCAGGUACCACAUGAUUAAGGAUAAUCAAAAACAACAGCCGACAACAUCAGCAUGUGAUCACACAUUUAGACACAAAACCUGCCAGAGUCUUUGUGAAUCACAGCCUGCAGGGCUCUCGUACAGACCAAGCACGUACACCAAACUAACCAAUGUCCCACAUGAGAUGACAGAUGCUAAUAUGGCAGGACAUAAUCUGUGCAGUUUUACUGGGAAUUAAUCGUAGGAAAUGUUCUUACAUUGUUCUAACUCCCUGUCUGGGGAGUUCGAUCCAUUCUGGGAUUUGAGGUUGUGUUAUAAAAAAAAAGAAAAGAAAAAAAAAUCUUUGUUCUGACUUUAUUGGGUUUAGCUGGACAGCUAACAAACAGCUGGACACAAUCUGCAUAUAAACAACAUGCAGAGUUUUACUCGUUAUUACAAUAAAUGAGACUGACUUUACAGAUCAGAGGAGAGUUUGUGAUUCAUCCUCAGAGGAACUGCUUGGGAAACUCAAAUAUUGUCUUAAUUUGAAGACACAAAGGAAACUUUUGCAGGCUGUUGGUUCAGAAAAGCUUUUAAUCUCCACUUUUUUACACCAUAGGAACAAAAACCGAGACUUGACCAUAUACAGUGGGUACUAAUAAAAAUAUGGUUAGUCAAACAUGAAGCUAAUGAGAUGACUACACAGCUACUGCCACUAAUUUAUGUCUUUAAAAGAGUGCUUUGCUAAUUACGCAUUAAACUCCUAUAACAGCCAAGACACUAUUCACCAAAGAAUGCACUAAAAGAUGGUGUUUUCUCUCUAUUUUAGAAAGCUAGGGAUAUCGGAACGUAUUGGGAGCAUCGCAUAGUUUAGGUUUUGGGAUUCAGUCCAACAGCAUCUAAUGUUAGCAUUAGCUAGGACGUGAAUCAUCAGCUAACACUACCAUAGGCUGAUGUCCCCCUUGAUUGCACUUGUUCAUGGUCUCUUCAGUUGGUCAUUGAAUGAAUCCUGAAGGUAACCAGAACAUAUUUAAUAUCAACGCAAUAUAUUUGAUAAUGGUUAGAUGAUAGCUAAUGACAGCAGUCAGCCACUUUUUUCCCCAUAUUUAUUAGCUAAAACGGUGGUCCCCCAACCUUUUUUGUACCAGGGACCAUGCAGGAAACUUUUUCCAAGGACCAGGUAGGGGCGUGGAGGUUCCAAUAACAAAAACCUUAAUCAGUUCAUAGUAUAUACAAAGCAUGUAAUCUAGAUACAACAAUUACAAAUUAUAUUAGGCACUUUUCAUUACACUUUGACAUCAACUCACCAUAAUGCAGAAUCAACCCUUUCUCUCUCCAGUGAACUCUGUUUCUGGCUCAUUUUUGCAAAGGCUAGCUUGUGUUGCUGAAGCAGGAAAAUGACGUGCCGAAGAGUCAAGCGCGAAAGUGAGGCGAUGGCUGAAGUGGUGCUCUUUCAAAAUAAGAUAUUGGGAGGACGGAUGAAAAGAAAAGAAAAAUUUUUAAUAAUCGUUAUUUUUUUGUGGCCUGGUACUAACUGAUCCAUGGACCUGUACUGGUCUGGGGCCUGGUGGUUGGUUACCUCUGAGCUAAAACACCACGUUAGCCAGGAGGUGGCUAAACCCUGUUACACUUUUGUCUAAACCUGAAUAAGCUGCAAACAUUUCAUGACAUAAAUAGUAUUUUUGAUGAGGAGUAGAUACCAAAACAAUUCGAUAAAAUUUGGGGAACAAUCAUGAGACAAUAGGAACAUUGUCACUUGGGAUUUUCCCAGAGCUAAUCAGAGUUUAACAGCCAUGGAAAUUGUAUUAGUACGGGCUUUUGGUUGCGUUAUGCUUGUAGCAGAAUAAAUAGCCUUUAGCCACAAAGAUGAAGAACAGGCUACAAAAGCUUAUAAAUCACACUUUUAUUUCUAACCCCACUAGUCAGACUUUUUGACGAGCAAACUUGUAGUUUGAGCCGAGACUGGGGCCGACUUGAGUGACAUCACUUUAGAUUGUUAAUCAGAUUUCAAGCAGCCUUGCCUGAACUUUCCUCAAUUUUUAUAUAUUAUCAAAUCAAUAGUGGAGUCCAGGGGUGUGUUUUUAAUGGGGCAUGGCACCCUUUGGCACCCUUCUUGACAAGCCCCUGGUAAAGUCCCGUUUUCAGCAUCCUGGUUUAUACAGAGGCCAGCUUUAGUAAUUCAUGCAGUCAUCACAUCUGAAACAUGCUGGUAGCACCAUAAUGAUUCACUGCCAUCAGCAGAGACAGAGCAGAGCGGCCUCACUUGUUAAAAGGAGGUCAUAAAGGGCCAAGUACACAGAGUAGGAAAACACUGAGAGCGAGAGUCUACGAGAGAGAGCGCCUGGUUCUGCGAGCAUGUGUGUGGGAUGAUGUAUUUGUAGAAACUGGCAGCUUGUAAGAGUUAAAGCGAUGAGUGUGUGCGUAAAUGUGAGACCUGAUCCCGAGAGCGGGGCCAGCAGAGCUGUAGAAGAUCAGGACUGAUGACCUCAGCAGCUCUGUGUGGCAGCGGGUUACUGCACGGUUACCAAGAGGAGGGCAAAGGUUUGCAGCCAAUGAAAAUAUAUAAUGUGGACUGUUGGCAUCAACAAAGUGCGCAAGGAAGGAAGCAAGCGGUGUGCCCUGGGCUGUGCCUUGCAGGAAUUAGCUAAUGCAAUAUGAAUGAAGGUAUAAGUCACAUCUAUGUGUGCUGCAUUCCUUCUCAUACCUCCAGGUAGAGGAAACACAUCACAACAAGCACCGACACCAGUGCAGCAUGUGUUGUUUCAUUAUGUUACAAUUACCGGAGUCUGUUCACACUUUAAAAUGAAAGCCUUGGCACAGCUUGUUAUGACUCCUUCACAAAUCUCCUUGUUGCUGGUAGGGGCUCUAAAAGCAUCAACAACAACAAUAAAAAACAGAUACUGACUCGUAUGUGUGUGUGUGUGUGUGUGUGUGUGGGAAAGAGAGAAAUGAAAGAGAAGGAGGCUUUUGUGUUUUCAGCAGCUCAGCGUUUGAUUCAAGGUGAAAGUCCUGGCACAAACUUCUCUGGCAACAGUCGCGCCUCUCGCCGACAGGACCACCUAGUGCGAGUGUGAGCACAUCAGGCCUGACGCAGGGGUCCUUAACACUUGCAGCUAAAGAUGAUUAACGGCUGGACACAGCUUCACCAUGACACAGCAGCUUGUUGAGUAGAUUAGAGCGUCCCCUGCUGUUGCAAAGAAACACUUUAGUUGUCCUGUGAGUGAAAUAGAAACAGCUGGAAUCUGCAUUUUAAGCUUAAUACAUCAGCAGUAGUUGGUUAUGUUCACAUCUAGGCUUUGUAUGUUCAUUAAGCCGCAACUGUUAAAGGUUGGAGUUUGUUUCCAUGUGUUAUUCUUUAUCUAUCCGUCUUUCUCUCUGUCACUCUCUCUCACUCACACCCACACACACAAACACAAAGAGCCAGAAAAAGGCACCUGUGACAGAUCAAGCAGAGUUAAACAAUUUCAUUGUGCGUCAAACAUGCUCACAUGCUGCUGCAAAACUUUCCUUGGAAUUCCUCCUGUGUGUGUGUGUGUGUGUGUGUGUGUGUGUCAAUGCGUGUCAAUGUGUGUGUGGGGGUUGUGUGUGUGUGUGCUCGUCGCCGAAUAGCUGACGGAGAUUUAUAACCGAUGCCUUUGUCUUUCCCAUAUAAGUCAUGGCACAGGCUUCGUGACGGUGUGUGCGUCUGUCUGUUUGUGUGUGUGGCAGCCAACAGGUCACCAGAGGUUUGUUGCACCCGGUUGUCAUGGAUGCCUGCUGGUCACAGUACUCUGUAUGUGUGUGUGUGUGUGUGUGGGCCUGUGAUUGUCUGUGUGACCAGUAGUAAUACAGGCAGCUCAGAGUCAUACAUCAGCUUUUUAUCUCAGGACAUGUCAGUCUGUUGUUGGACCAAACAAGCUGGUGAAAAAAAAAGUUGUGUGUGCAGGCGGCGAGUUGACAUGGUUGCACAAAGACAUCUCUGUCAGCAGAGGUCAGUCUAAAGUAGACUGAUUUACAAUGAGAAAAGAGAUCACUCGCAUGUUCUUAAUGAGUAGAUUUUUAAUUACUUGCUCUUAAAAAUCUCCACCCACUGAAAGUCGUUAAAAAACCACGCUCUUUGGAAAAUCAAAUUCACUGUUUUUGUCUUAAAGUUGACUCAGAUAUUCCUCCUGUAACCCUACCUUUAAGGAUUGUCGUCAUAGUUUUGUAUUUGUUGGUGUGUGUGAACUGGAAUGCUGACUUCUGGGAGUGCGAUUAAAGAGUAAAGUUUGUGGGGGUCAUCUCAAUUUGCCGGGGGUGAUCCAGGGUUAAUCCAUCACUCAUUAGCUCCCAAAGAUAAGACACACACACACACAUACAGACAGACAGACAGAGGGGUGAGGGGCUGCGAGUCAACACUUUCUCUCAGAGACUCUAACCCCUACUUGAGGACACACAAUGUUCUCCUUUACCGACUUUCAGAAGAGACCAAACAAAAGAAAUGAGAAGAAUCUGAUUGAAUAGAAGCCAUGCUCUCAUUCUCGUUUCCCUCCUUAUUAACCCUUUCUUCGUGUUCCCUGUGCUACCCCUAUGUUCCCUGUACAGCCAAUUAAUUAGGCUCGGUGUCCAGCCAAGAGCAGAAAAGAGCCAAGCUCAGCUGAUUUAACUCUUGUGGAGAAAGCGCGUUUUAGAGGAGAGAGAAAAAAAGACAUAAAGGAUCUCGGGGAGAGAGAGAGUGAAGAAAAAGAGGAUGUAGUUAAAGAUAAAGAGAGAGCCUCUUGACUCAGGGUGCGACCAGUAAGAGCUAUUUAAAGAGCCUCUGCUGCUGCGUAGAGGUGUUGCAGGAUGUGGGUUACCUCUGCCUAAUAUGUGGGCAAGUGUGUGUCUGCGUGUGUGUGUGAAAAAAAGCGUCCGGAGCAGCUGGAGGGACCCCUCUUCCUGUAGCAGAAUAAGUCAUCAGAUCCCCCCCUCACACACACACACACACACACACACACACACACACACACACACACACGCACACACACACCCCUCACUUCUCAUAACAAAAGACCCAUAUCACUGGAGGAUGACAAAGCAAACAAAUGGGCCUAAUUAAGGGGGUAGAUAAGGAAAUUAUAAGGAAAUUGAGUCAUUAAUGGUAAUAUUUGUGUUAUGAGAUGAUAGUUCAUGGCUAAAAUUCAUUUCCAAAAGAGGCCCCUCUUUGUUUUCUCUAAAGCUAAGACCUAGACCUGUAUGACACAGAGGGGGGAGGGAAACUUGGCCUCGACUCGUUCUCUCUGUCUGUCUCCUGCUCCCUAACCUCAGGAGACACUUGGAGAUACUGAAAUAAUUAUGUACCAGGUCUCUGUAGAUCUCCAGAUGUCCAUCUCAAGAACAAAAAGAACCUGGAGAAUGAAUUUCACCCCUCCUCUCCCGUCCUUUUCGUUUUCUUCUCCCUCUGUUCUGAUUGUAUUUUCCUCGUCAUAUAUUCUCCUCUGUAUGGUCAGGUCAGGUCACUGGCUGGAGAUGAAAGUUGAGUAAAUUAAUCAAUUAAAGACAAUUCUCUUGUCUCCUGGAGUCUCUUGGGAAGGUCCAUGGAUAGAUAGAAGCCAGUGCAGACCUGGUUCUUGUCAGUAAUUUGUAGCAUUGUAAAAAAUUGAGUCUGAGUAUUUUUGUUUAAAUAUUAAAGCUCCCAAUAACCCAAAUUCUCAAUGAUGCCUUUACUCUACAAUUUAGGGCUUAUGUAUGUCUUAAACGUCGAAAAAGUAUUAAUCCAACUCUUUUAAUUAAGUUUCUGCAAUUCCAAUAUGACCCAGGGAAAUCCAUAGAGUGUAUAUAAAAUAGAUCCCGUCUGCCUCCUCGCUGGGUGAAGCCACCGUUAGAACAGCGCCCUCUGGUGACGGGCUGCAGUAUAGGUCAUAAAUUCCACCUCCUCCAGCAAUCCCUAUGGAGCUGUGGACAAACUUUAGAAAUUUGUUACACAGAAUAUAAAUUUUUCUCCCCCCUGCUUGCGAUGUUGACAUGUAGUUAUUGUAAGACUGGUUUGUGCUCAAGUCCUCUUUUUUCUGUACAGCUCUAUUUUCAAAAGUUAUUAGGAGGUUCAUGUUUUCUAUGAUUGACACCUGAUACAGCCCAUGGGCGUACGAAGAUUGCGUAGCUCACCCGGGGGAUACGCUGUUUGAGCCGAGCAACAUCACAGCGACUCUCUGCGAUUGUCCUGCCGAAUGCUUACAAUGCUACUGCGCAAGUGGUGGUUCCAGGAAUUGGAAAAAAUCCCGGAAAUACCAAGAGCAAUUCAGCUUUAAAUUCGUAUAAAGACCGAAGGCGUACAGUCUAUGGGAAAAGCUUAUUGAAGUCUGAUCGGCCACAACCCACACUGUCUUAAAAAUUGCCAAAAUGCAGUUUUGUGAUGAAGUUUUUCCAAAAGUUAUCCAGUUAUUUAUUUCUAGUGGAUGCUUAAUGGAAUUCUCAAUUUUGAUAUCAUACACUCAUAUUUCUAUUUGCAAUAUAAUUUCAGAGGCAAUCUGUGAAAAUAAGAAUAACUAUUAUCCUUGAAGCCUGAGGUUUUGUCCCACCUUCUGCUGCAGCCACUGUUGCUUUACUCAGUAGCAUCCAGCCGCACAGCUUCUACUUUGAGAAAGAAAGACAGUAUUGGGUUUCUGCGAGCGCUCUCCCUAGCAGUGGGGUCGGGAAAUUAAAUUAAACCCUGAGCCCCAAUAACAAACAAGGUCAGUGUAAAAAUAAAGCACGGAGCGAUGACAAACAAAGAUAGGAUGAAAAAAAAGAAAUGGAAUAUUUGGACUUGGGGAAAAGAAUAACAGAGUUUAAUGUUGGUAGUGCUUCAGUCCGUGACCUCACCGGAAAUAACACCUCUUUUUGCCAGCAUUUCAUAUUUUAGACACAACAGUUUAGAUUACGGUGUAAUGGGCAAGUUGUGAAUGUGUUGACAAGAGGGUAUUUGUGCAGAUGGAGAUUUUAGAACAAGUGUUUUUAUUAAUACUUUACACUUAAAGAAAAGGUCAAAUGAAUAAAUUAUGUUUUCACUCAUUUAUGAGCUGCAACAAGUCAAGACAAAAGAAAAAGAACUGCUGUAAUUGGGUCAAACCUUUUUUCCAAAGUCAUUUUCAUUAGAUUAGCUCUAAGUGGCCUAUUUGAUAAUUAUAGUUAAAUGUCCUGGCAUGCCAAGCAGAGCAGUCAUCUUGUAGUGUGAUUGGACCUCCUGCCAGAGUAAAUAUGAAGAGAUUUUAACAGAUUUAAUCACAAAGUUUGAGUCUUUAUAUUCCUGUUGAAACAUUGAAACAUGAAACAGGAGUUAGUCUUAUCAAUAGUUAUGCAGAUGUUGAAUUUAAAAUCCUCAAAAGGAGAGUCUCAGCCUCUUUUUCUGCAGUAAUUUAAGUCCUUCUGGUCAAGCCUUAUAUUAUAUAUAUAUCGUACUUUUGUGAAUUAUUCGAUGAACCAUGCAUGAAGUGCAGUGAUCUGCUUUUAAAGAUACAUAAAUUGCAGCUGCACUCAGAGAUGUCGUUGGUUGUGCAUAGGGUCUAAAUAUCAGGCAGAAACCCCUUUGUUGAUUUCCUACCAUUGACCAUACCAAAGUCUUCAACAACUAAUCAGAUCUAGACUAUAUUAAUGAUGGUUGGUACCCCUCAAUAUCUGGAUUUCAGUCACAUGAUUGUGAUGGCGCAAGAGGGCGGAUGGAGGGCAGGAAGUAAAUGUGGAGAAUACGUCUAUGGAACAAACCGUGCAGUGAGUUGGUAUUGUACAGAUUUAGAUCAAGUUUCAAGACAAAGAUACGAGCAAUUAAUUCGCUAAUAUGUUGGACGUGACUCAUUAGAUUAGUGAGUUUUUGAUCACCAGCUAUCUGGUCCUUCAGACACCCUACUACACCAAACAGCAGAUGAAAGCCUUUAUAAGUCUGGAGGCAUUUUUGUCAGCAGUUGGGUCCACAACCUCAGUACAAAACAUUAUUUUUUUUUUGGUAACUGAGGUUUACCGUGGGAGCCCAGUCUACUGACUCAACGUCACCCAAGGCGCUAGCCUAAAAAGUCCAGAUGAAGUCCAUAUUAGACUACUAGUAACUGAAUCAUAAUGAUUACUAUGUAAACGAGCAUUUAACGACAAUCUAAUGCUAUAUAACUACAGCUACAAAAACCAAGUUAGUGAGCUAACAUGCCUCGAACGAAGUGGUUGCUGGAGACACCGGCAUUUGCAGACUCUGCUCCUCCGGACCGUAGAUGUAGGUUUAAAAUCCACUCUUAUGGCGUUGUUCUGUGAAUUUUUUCCAUUUCUAACCUUUGUGCGCGAAGAUCUUAGGCACUCGAUAAAAUCUCUUCCUUCUCGCAGUUCGAGCGAUUCAAGCAGUUGUAAACCAGACAAAACAUCGGCAUUUACUCAAACGAAUCUUCAGUAAAUAAACACUUCCUGCUCUCAAUCUGAAUUUCACGCUCUCACAAUGCAACUUUGUAAAACCCGGUUAUUGGGCUCAUAAGCCUGUCCUCCUCUAUGUUAGCUAUAUGGAAAUUGGUCAAACUUCAAACCUGAUAAGAAAAAGAAAAUAGCUGAUACUUAGUUUCACUGACUCUCACUCUUGUUUAGAGGUUGUCAGGGACUUUUAAUAUGUAAAACUACAUCAGGAGACGGUGAAGACAAGUUUUUCAUCUAUGUUGACUCUCAGCGGUCCAGAUUGAAGCACUGAAGUUGCUUAUCCCUGAAGAAACCCCUGACUGAUACUUGUGCGGCAUAACCAAAAUUUCUUUUGGACAUUUACUAUAGAGCAACUCAGUGACAACAUGUGAAUUAAAUUGAAAAGGACUUUUUGUCAAUAAACCAAAUCGUACUGCAUCAUUUGAGUAUUAUGCAAUAGUGUAUCCUGUUCCCCUUUUUAGACGUUUUAUUAAAUCUUAACUGAAUGUUUUUUCAUGCAGGUGUUCCUUUUGGACACUUCAUCCUGAUAUGAGUCACUUUUAAUCACGACUGCCAAACAUCCCUUUCAUACUCACUCUAUGAUCAGCUGGGGAAAAAAGGUGUCACGCUGCCUCCCUGUGUUAUGUGUAUUGUUUUAUUUGGCUGCUGCAGUCCUCUCCAAAUUGAACUUUUGGCCUAGCCUUGUCUCAUUUUGAAUGAGACAUGAAACAAAAACAGAGGUGUUUCACCUUCUGCCUUUAAUCUCUCUCUGUGAGAGAGGGCAUCAAUAGAUCCUCAGUUCAUUUCUCCCCCAUUAGACAAGCGUUGAAAGCUUAUUACUCAGAAAAUGAUGUUAAGCGCCUGUUUGCUUUUCUUUUGAGUGAGAUAAAAACUCUCUUUGUUCUUUCUGUCUCAGUCUCAACUUGCACUUGCCAUCAGCUUUAAAAUAACAAGCAUUGUCUGUUGUCACAUUAUUAGCACAGCAGAAUUAUGCUGUCAUUGCUGAACUAAGAGUUUACUCUCAGCAUGUGUCACGUUUGCUUGCUCUGGCAAAGACCAGUCCUUUCUUCACUAAUUACCUUCCACCGAUGACUAAAUUGCUCUAAGAGUUUCAGUUUCUGGAUCAUCAGGGUCUCUUUUCCACCUCCUCCACUUCCACAGCUGUAUCCUUCCUGUCGAAGUGUCACCUUUGGUUAGCGUGGAUAUUAAACUGCGGGAUUAUGGCUAGAGAACAACUACCCCAUGAAAAAAUAAAACCUUGAAGGGCUACUGUUCCAUCAGUGCAGUCAGUCCAGUGAAUGUAUAUACAUGGGUGUGUAUGCAUACCAGCAUGGAUGCACGCUCGUGUGCAUGAGGGCCUGAUUUGCUCAGAGCAGUGAGCAUUGUGCAGCAGUGGAGUCAGUCCAGUGAAUGUAGUUCUGGAGUGUGUACAAUAAAAACAUAUCUGCUUCAUCACUGUCAGAAACAAUCUGCAUGGACCAAACCAGCUGCCACACUGCCUCAGCGCAAAGAAACAGGCAGUCGGAGCUGCUGCAGGAUGGCGGCACACUCCUGGUGGAUUUGCAUUUAUACUAAACAACAGCAGAACUGCACAAAGUUACUUCCAUUCUGUUAAAUGGCUUCAACGCUGUUUCUUAAUGGAACUUUUUGCGCUGGAGUAAAGAUGUUUUAGUGAAAGCAGUAACAUCAUUUAAAGCCAAUUCCAAUCACUUACAGUAACCUGAUUUUGUUGGCUAAUACUUGUAUCAUGAGCCCACGCUUGUUCUUGUUCUUCUUCUUCUGUCUCUAUUUAUGUAAGUGCGGGUGGCCUACUGCUACCGACUGUGAUCUAAUGUGAAUGCUUGUUAACAAGAAAAUGAGAGCAGCUGUUAUUGGUAUUUUUUACUCCUGAUACUAUUGUGUUAUCUGAUUGAUAUAUAUAGGUAUCUGUAUCUGUAAAAGCUGAUCAAUUUAAGGCCUACUCCGAUAAAAAUCAUGUUUUUCUUGUUGUCUACAUAUGACAUUUUUCUGAUGCUCCAGGACAUAUCAUGAGAAAACUAAGUGCGAAAUUGCAUUUCUGCAUUCAACUUGCAGUGAAUAUCUCACAGACUCAAAUAGCAGGUUCAGAUUCAGUGAGAUUUCUGACAUAACAAAUCCAAGCUCCGCCCCUGGAGUCCCGCUAUGCAGUCCACACUUGGUGAAAUAGAGAGAAUGAUUGCGGAACAAGCGUAUGUGUUAGCAGAUUGCAAUGCUUGUAAGAAAGUUAAUUAUGAUAUUAACUUUCAUCAUUCCCCCAAAAGACAUUAGUGUCUGAGAGAUGAAUAGCUCCUAUGUUACCUGCCACUUCUACUUCACCGGCAAUGUUAGGCUACAAGCUAGCAUGAAGAGAAACGUGCUGUCUCUGCCCACAACUCAGAGGAGAAUUGCUAAUGAGCUACUGGAGCUCUGCAGGAGAAAAGCUCUUAAGAAUGACACGGGUAACGUGAUUUUGGCUAAAAACUUCAUAAUCAGAAUUUAAAUACCACUGAUAAUACUUAAAGUAGUAAAAAAAACAUCAGAGUGGGACUUUAAGGUGAUCAAGACUAGAUGUUGUAACUGUUAUCGGUCUCAAAAUUCAUUUCACUUUGUAAAUAGACCAAAGAAGAAGUUGAAAACACCACAAUCCCGGGUAAUGACUCAUGAUGUUGGAGCUUGAUACACAGCGAAGAUCCUUUUUUAAGCCCAAAGACAACAUGAGCUGUAAAAAGUGAUGCAUAUGCAUGGGUACGGUCUUGCCAUAUUUUGAUCCUUUUGAUCCUCUCCUUCUCUUUGAACUGUUUGCCCUCUUUGCUCCCCUGAGCUUACUAUUACCAUGCAUGCUCUCCCCAUAGUUUCAUAAUACAGCCGUAUCUGUUUAAAACUUAGGAUUAAACUUAACUGUUUGAGAGAGAAUCAGUCAUUAAGUUAAGUUCUUCAAUAUAUAGGUGCGGCAUCAGUAAAAAUGUGCUGUUUUUUGCCACUUACUGGUGCUACUUGACUAUUACAAAAUCACACUUUACUGAAAACUGCAUAUGAAAUCAGCUGAAGUAUUUUGAGCUUUCCUGCUACAUCAAAAACCUGUUUCUGGUGAGCUCCUCUCCUCAUGCAGCCCUGCUCUCUGACGCCUCUUCCAAGAAAAAUGCCUGAGCUUUGACUGAUGCUGUGCCCGCUGCUGGCUUCACACUCCAUUUGUGACCAAGGCAUAUAGACUACCCCAGAAACAGCAGCGGUAGUAAACACAAGCAUCAGAUAAAGCGACGAUUUACCCCCCACCCUUCAACUCAUACACAUGCUAAGAGGUGCACUCACUGAGGGGAAAGAAAGAAAAGGUAGGACACUGAGGAAUUAAGGUUUCAGGAAUGGAUGAGAGCUGAGAACAAUAUACCAGGAGACAAGGAAAAAUGAAACCGGGACAAUAAAUGUGUCACAGGAGUGAAGAAACUGUGCAGUGGGGUUUCAGAUUUACGGCCCUGCUCUGUAGAGGAGACUGCUUGACUUGGCGGCAAGUAGUCAAAAAUGUACAGUGCAGACACACACACACACGCACACACACACAUCAAAUGAAAAAACACAGACGUCUUCAGCUGCGCUCAGACCAUCAUUCCCCCUCAUGCUGCUGUCUGCAAGAAGGCUGCAACUCGCCCAGACUCAGCCAGAUUGUGAUUUAUCUUGACUGGUAGAGUAAAAAAAAGAGAUAGUACACAGCUAUGACUUACUUUCUGUUUAUCUUCUCUCUUAAAGGGAUAUUCCGGCGUAAUUAAUUCAGGGUAAAACACACUGUAACACCGAGUUGGACACCCCGUCGAGAGAUAAAUGUUGCCAACCGCUUGCUUCUCUAGUUAUAUCAACUUUAGUAACGACUUUAUAGCCACAAAUAAUGCUCAGAACAGCACCUAACUUCAUCAACAGUACAUAUAGGAUCCCAGCCAUAGCACUAGCCACCAAACAUUUUUUUAACUUUGCCUGAUUUCUUUAGCAAAAGGACUAAGCACAACUCACCUACUCUCUUUCAGCAGCCACUUGUUUGUACAGAGACCUCCGGGCGAGUCCAUCGACUGCAGCGGAGUUUCGCAGCUCAAGGAAGAACAUUUAUGAUCAUUUCUUCAUGGAAAUACAAUCAGCCUGAGACGCUAAGGCAGAAGAACUACUGCGUCUGCAGUGCAAAAUGAUUAAUAUGGUGAUUGUUACUUCAAGGACAUUAUAAAGAAAUGAUCAGAGGUCUCUGUACAAACAAGCGGCUGCUGGAAGAGAGUAGGUGAGUUUUGUUUAGUCUAUUUGCUAAAGAAAUCAGGCAAAGCUAAAAAGAUGUUUGAUGGCUAGUGCUAUGGCUGGGACCCUAUAUGUCCUGUUGAUGAAGUUAGGUGCUGUUCUGAGCAUUAUUUGUGGCUAUAGAGUGGUGUUUUGGUUGAGUGUGUGGCUCUCUAUUGCUAUCUGCAGUCGUUACUAAAGUUUGUAUAACUAGAGAAGCAAGCGGUUGUCAACAUUCAUCUCUCGACGGGGUGUCUAACUCGGUGUUAUGGUGUGUUUGACCCUAAGUUAAUUUUACGCCGGAAUAUCCCUUUAAAUAGCUGAAGUGUCUCGCUUUUAUUCCAUGCCAUAUAAAAUUGUGUUUUGUGGUGUAUUUGUGUCUUUGUCUUAAAUCAUUAUAUUUUCUGCACACAGUUUCAGAUUCAAACAAGCUUUUAUAGCGACCUGGUCUUGCCCUAGACCUGCCCCUGUGUGUUAAUAGUCCGUGUCAGGUUGUAAAAGAGCCAAAAAAAGGUCAGUAGCAUCAUGAACCUUAGAGUCAUUGUGGGAGAGACACAGAGGGAUGAGCAGGAUAGGAGGCAGUGCUCUUUUUUUUCUUUCUUGGUAAGUAAAAAAAAGUCAAUCUGGUUGAGAUUUAUUCCUUUUCCGUUCCAUCCUACUACUCCUCCAUUCCUUUUUGUCACUGGAUUAGCUUGUGUCGUCAAUAAUUCACCUCUCCUCCCUCUCUAACUGCCCAACUGAAGCCGGUUUCAUGGCUUAUAAAUUUUAUAGAGAAAUUUGUCUCAGCGGUCAAAGUAGCAUCGCUAAUGACAUCUGCAGCAGGGAGGACCCCAGAGGAGCGAGGAGAGCUGGAGGAGGAGGAGGAGGGUCACGGCCCAUUUCGGAGAAGUGCUAACUCGGUGAUGGGGACUUGACAAAGGAAUGUAGGGGAUACGUGUGAAGGUCAAAGGUUUCCCACCUGCUAAGCACGGCCACGGUGCUGUGGUUGUUAAUGAGCGCACAAUAAAACAGUCGAGCAGAGUUUCAAUUAAGCAAGUCCUGCCCGGCGCGAUUAGGGCCACAUGAUCAGGAUACAACUCUUCAAGGACUUAUAUUUAGUUAUGAUUUCAAAGACAGGAAAGCAUCUGCUGAAGAGAGUGUUUCAGUUCAGGGCUCCAAGACAGCCCAACAGCUGGUGAGGAACAGGAAAAGUGGGCUGUAGAGAGAGGACGAUGACUUGAAACAAGGAUUGUAGCUGCAGAGGCAAGUCAAAGACCUCUGCAACAAGGUUGUUACCCUCAGCAUGUGGGGUGCUCACUUAAACCAGUAGGCCAACCAGUGCCCUGAAGGUACUGGUUUUCUGUGUUUGGUAAAAUUUUGACCCUGCUAUAUUUCAAAAGUCAAAUUUAAUACUUAUCAAGAGUCUUUGCAGAGACAAUUGGCAAAUAAAGGCAGUUGACACGUAUCCCUGAGCAGCAUUUUCUCACAUUUAGAAAGGUUACAUAGAGAUACUCACAGUCUAUUUUGCUUUUGUAUGUAUUUAAGAGUUUUAAGAGUUUUUAUUGACUUUUGACUUAAUUCUUGAAACCAUGACUGUUUUUCCCCCCUAAAGUACGGUGGCCCUGAGGUGCAAAACACAAAGGCAAAUCAGAAAAUACAACACAAAAAGAGAAAACACCUACCUACCUACGUUUUCCGGUUUUGGUUAAUGUCGUGUUUUCUGAUUUACCGUGGUGUUUCUCUUUUUGUGUUGUGUCUUCUGAUUUUGCGAUUGUAAUCUUUUGCUGAUAUUCCUGUAAGCUUUCGGGUCACAAAUAGGGAUCUAUAAAAAAUUUCAGUCUGCUUCUUGACAAACUAUAACAACGACACACAUGAGCUUUAAACUUUAAGACUUCCAAGAUAUCCAAAGAAGAAUAUCAUGUGAUUACAUUGAAGGCCUCAAGAUGUUUACACUAAUUUGAUUUAUCUACCCCAUGCUCUUUAAGAUUUGUUUGGUCUUAAAAUAUGAAAACAGGACUCCAAAAAAGCAUCACCUGUUGUUGAAACUCCAUCUAUGACAGUGUGAACUUUUUCAGAUAUUUGGGUAAACUUCUGAUCCCCAGACAAAAAUGAAACUUUUUCCAACAAGACGUAUAGCUUAAUGGGAAAGACUUCCAGGGAACUACCUGUGUCAAUAAUUCCAUCAUGUUUCAGACUCCUCAGAGAAGAAUCCACUUGUCCAGAGUUUAUUUUAUUGGGGAGUAGAAACAGUAAAUGUUUACCCAGAAAUAAGAAGUCCAAGAGAGCAUUCCUGUCUCAUCCCUUAUCCAAGACGACUCAUCUGCUUAUCCUUAAAGCUGACUCAGUCUGCCAUGGGAAAUCUUUCCAAGGCAAGGUAGGAGCGCCUUUUCCCCGAGGACUCCUCUUCCCGUAUACUGUAGGUAGAAAAAAGAAAGAAGACGGUUGAUGAUGAUGAUUAUAUCCAGUGUCUCUUCGCUGCUUUCUCAGAAUCAUGAAAUUAGGAAACACUCUCCGCCAAGGGCCAAAUUAACCCACCUAAUCUUCUAACCAUCUAAUCUUCAAACACUGUUUAUUUUCUCAGCUCACAGCCGCCAAUCAGAGUUGGCUGCCUGUAUUCUGUUAUAAUACACCGGUUUAAAAUCUUUAGCUGACAUUGUUGGCAAUGGAGUGAUUGUCUUAAUUGCGGUGGCUUUGGCUUACAGAGCAGCGCGAGUGUUGGCUCCGUCUUUUUUGUCGAGUACUGACAGCGCCGCACCGGCUCGUCCCUGUCAGCCCCAGGGCCACCGACACAACCAGAUGACCUGCCAGGAGAUAGCUUAACCCCAAACACUGAGAAAGCGCCGGUCCCAUAGAAACCAAACUCAGCGAGUAAACAGACUGGAGGUGAUGUUUGACAUGAGCAGGGAGAGCCCUUGUUUGGGAAAAGAUUUGGAGACGAGUCUUGCUUCCGAUGUCUCCACGGUGUUGGUGGAUGCAUGAGGGUCUAGAUGGAGGUGUAAUAUAAUAGAGAGCUCAAGCCAUGGAGGAAACUUCUUUAGACUUCAUCUGACAGCUAGGCAUUGCACAAUUGAUGUACUCUGUGUACGUCUGAGAUAUUUCACACCGUGAUCAUCAGAUCAGACAUUGCUGGCAGGGAAAAGUCAUGCACUUGUUCCAGCAAUCUGCCUUUAUUUUGAAAGGAAACAUUGCUCAAUUAGCUAAAACAAAAAACCCAACUUACACAGCUUUCCCACACGUAGCCCUCCAGUCAAACCCAGACAACUCUUCUAAGUGAAAAUGAGUUUGGUUUUCACGCAACGAGAGCUACCCGGUUUGUUCCAAUCUUCAUCACUCUCAGGAUGAAUCUUUAAACAUCCAUUCACACGUAAAGUUUCCUGAAUGUGAUGCGUCUCUGCCAGUGCUGUCAGAGAUCCUUCCCUUGGAGGCUUGUGUCUAAUAGAAAUGUACAGGAUGCGUUCACUGUCUGGCAGCUCUCCUGUGAGAUCGUAUUAUGUUGUCACACAGCGGAGCAUCAUUUGAAAAGUUUGUGUGUCAGUCCCGCACGCUAUUAAGACAGCUGCUCUCACUGUGUAUUGUUCGGCAAGGAGCUAUGGCGACCUGACAGGCCUAAGGAAUCUUUUUUUUUUUCAUCCUAAAGGCCUUUUCACUCUUAACACCCUGAAUAGGACCUGCCAAUGUCAUCCUCCACCCAUGGCAUUUUUAUGGCAUAGCUGACAUACGCACAACGCACUCUCGUCAGCCCCUCUGUGCCUCUUGCUGGGGUCUUUUUUAUCCCUCACACUGUAUGUCAGCUGGUGUUUUCCCAAAGAUGUGAGUUGGAGGAGAUCUUUUCCAGACAGGGACACUUUAUCUCGGAAUUACUCACACACACACAAAGACAGAUGGGUAGAGAGCAAACGCGGCCUCCUUCCCUCUCUCUACGCUUACUCUUUCACGCAGGUGCUUUCACACACACCUUCUAACACACUCUCACACACACACACCACUCAGACAAAAGAGCCGUGAUUACUCAGCAAAUGGAUGCACCACUGAUCACAGGCUGGCCCUUUUACAAACUGGCCUAUUAUGCGGUCUCAGCGUGGGGUGGAAGUGUUGCAGGGGCCCAAGGCAGUGUAGCUGCAGGCGUGUGUGUGUGUGUGGAUGUGGAUGUGUGUGUGCACGAGCUAAGGCUGAGAAGUGCUCCCAUGCUGUGCUGCCUAACGAGAGGGCAGGUCAGCCAUUAAAUGGGCACUAAUGCGGGAAAUUGGAGGCCAUUAGGCCUGUCUUUGUUGUUGUGCCUCUGUGUGGCUGGUUAGACUCUUGAAAAAGGAAAGGCCUUAUUAGCCCUCACAUGGAGAAAGAGAGAGAAUAUAUGGGCCAUUUAGCUCUGCAUGGAGCAGGCCAGCCUGCUGUUGAGGGCUGCUGCAGGGAGUGCACACAAGAGGAAUACACAUUAUGAGCAGUGUUAAUGUGUCGAAGGCCUUUCCAAUCGCACAUGCGUGUGUGUGUAAGUCUGUAUCAAAUUGGUAGAACGUGUGCAUAAGGACUUUUUUCUCUCUUCUCUUGCAUACAGAUGCUUUACAGUUUGGACAGCUCGGGCCAUGAUAUGAUAUUAUUGCGAUUUUUAAAAUUUUGCAAUACAUUGAGUAUUGCGAUACAAGAUAUUCCGAUCUGUACAAUUUUUUCAACUGUUUAGCAAAUUUAGCAUUUGUCGUUCCUUUAUGUUUAUCUUGUUUACGCUGUAUUUUAUUUUCAUGUAGCACAUCUUGCAAACCUCAUAUACUAUAAAUUUGUUGUACUAACUUUCUCCUGCUCUAUGACGUCAUCUCUGCCAACUAGGGCUGGGCGAUAUGGGAAAAGGUUUAUCACAAUGUGUGUAUAUACAUAGCCAUACUUACUGUGCAAUAAGUUUUUUAUCAUCGCUGCCGCUGUCCACUGUGUGGAAUCCAUUACACCCGUGCAAUCUAUUUAACAACAGUGUGUUGACACUCUAUUGCAUCUUAUUUGUGUACAUAUUUUAUAUUUUAAACCUUUACUUUUACUUUUUACUUGCACUGGAUGGGAGACCCUCUCCAAUCUUGUUGUACAAUGUUUGUGUAAUGACAAUAUAGAGCAUUCUAUUCUAUCUAUUCUUCUAUGGUAAGAACAGAAGGACAAAUACCAUAGAAUGCCUCUAAUAGAGAUACCUUGACUUUGACUAACAUACCCAGAGCGUUACAGCCUCUAUAUGGCAGAUACACGCCUUAACCUCUGAGCUAGAUCAGAAUUCAGCGAUAAGAGAUUUUACAAUCAAGUUUCAGCAAACUGGGAGAUGAGUUGAUGAUUGAAAGUAUCAUCUUUUAAAUAGUCAAGGACCACAAACAAAAACCGAUGAAUUUAUCAAAGGAUUCUGUUGUCUUAACAAACUGACAACAGUUUUAUUUGUGCUAUCCUUUAUUUAACAUAAUUUGCUUCCUUAAAACCUGUGAUUAAGAAAAGAAGGAUUUAAAUCACAUCAGGCAGAGCAAGAAUAAAACGUAAAAGAUGCUUAAAACUAAAAGAGAAGAUAAAGGACUUUAAUUCAUAUUUUCUGCACACACUGUACCCCACAUACUUAAAUACUGUAUGCUUGUACAUGCCGUAUAAAUAUAGAGCUGUGCUUUGCUGUUUAUCCACUGUAAAUCCACUGCUCAACAUCAACCUUGGCUCCAUCACUAAUAGCGUCAUGAGGGAUCCCUCCACACUCUGAAGCAGAGCGGUUCUCACAGCUCUUUAAUUGCGUCGGCCACAUUAUCAGACAGCAUUUUAUCACCCACUGACAGGAUGUUCACUGUAAAUAAAAAAAGCCUGCCCGUCUACACUAGGGAAUGCAUAAUUUGAGCAAAUAUGAGAAAACAUUUCAGAGUUAAAUUAUGAAAUACAGACGGAGGAAUAAAUAUGAUCGCCUGACAGCAAAUGGAAUCAAUCCACAGGAAAUCAUCCCUCAUCUCAUGUUCAGUGUUGCUUUGAUAACCCUGCAGAGCUGAUGAAUAUUCCAUGUGAAUACAUCUCAGUUAGCCAAGUCUCCGUGAGCAGACCUGGGACUUAACAAGCACCUCAUCAUUUCAUUUUUUCCCCUUAUCUUUCUCUACAUCCCCUCCAUUUUUCCCCACCCUCUGGCACUUUCAAACUGCUUCUUAAAAAUAGAGUUGGAGUGAGACUUCUUUGCCUUCUUUGGGAGCGACCGGGAUUCAGAGUUUAGUCGGGGUCAUUAGAGACAGAGUGAAGGGGGCGAGAGGACUCACAGGGGGGCUAAAGUGCUGCGGCUAAUUGGCUGCAAUAAAGGAAUUAAAUUAGCCUGAUAUAAUCUCUGCAGCGCGCUCUCUCUCACUCGCCUUUUCACACCCACCAGCACACAGUGGUUUGAUGACAUUCCCAGGGUGCCUCCCAGUACAUGCUGACCAGGUCAUCACACCAAGAAGCAUUGUCCUGACUUUCACACUCUUUGCCCCCGUCUCUGAAUUUCUCUGAAGCAUGACUAGUUGUGGUGAAGUUUAGUUUGUAGUUUUGUGGCACAAAUGAAGCAGCGAAACUGAAACUGUUGAAUACAGUAACUGUUCAUGAAAAAAAUUUACUAAAAAGCUUUAACUACGGUGGCGCUGAGGUGCAAAACACAACGAAAAAUCAGAAAACAUAACAUAAAAAUAGAAAACACAGCGACAAAUAAGACAACAAAACGGCAAAUAGGAAAACACAACACAAAAACACAACAACAAAUCUGUAAACACAAAAACAAAAAAAAGAAAACACAAUGACAAAAGAGGAAACGACACCAGAAGAGAAAACACAAUGGUUAAUGUUGUAUUUUCUCUUUUUCCGUUGGGUUUUCUGAUUAGCAGUUUUGUAUUCUCUUUUUUGUGUUCAUUUUUCAUUUUUUGUGUUGUUUUUGUGUUGUGUUUUCUGUUUUUGUGUUGUGUUUUCUGUUUUGUUUUUGUGAUUUCUGAUUUGCCGUUGUGUUUUGCACCUCAGGGCCACCGUAUGUCACACCUAGAAGUAUUGUAAGUAAUAGUCCAACAAGUAUUGAGAAGCUCUAUCUAUGGUGGCCCUGAGGUGUGAAACGCAAGAGCAAAUCAAAAAACACAACACAAAAAGAGAAAAAACAAUGUUUAAUGUUGUUGUGUUUUCUCUUUUUCCAUUUGGUUUUCUCUUUUUGUGUCGUGUUUUCUGAUUUGCUGUCGUAUUUUCUGAUUUGCCAUUAGUUAUCUCUUUUUGCGUUGUGUUUUGCACCUCAGGGCCUCCGCACAUCACACCUAGAAGUAUUAUCCUGACUUUCACACUCUUUGCCCCGUCUGAAUUUCUCUGAAGCAUUAUAAGUUGUAGUGAAGUAUAGUUUGUAGUUUUGUGGCAUAAAUGAAGCAGCAAAAAUGAAACUGUUGAAUACAGUAACUGCUCAUGAAAAUAUGUCACAGAAAAGCUCUAACUCGUGUUCCGAUGACAUGAAAAUGUGGAGGCAAUAAGACAGAUUAAAAAAAAAAAAAGAAGUCAUGUUUUUUUUUGUACUAUGGAAACAGAUAUUUAAAAACAGGCAGGAAAAGACGAGCUUGUUUUAGAGGAUUAAAUGAACUGGCAAUGAUAGAUAACAUGAGUAUAAAACUUUAAUUGUCUUUAAUUGUCCCAAAUCAUUUCAUCUAUCAUCUCAGUGUCUCCAGUGAGCUUUUAUUAGACGUGGAAAUCCCCGCCUUUAUCUUGUCACCAGACGCAAGACAAAACGCAGUAUUGUUUUAAUUUAUAAGAGUCUAAAUAAACAGUCAUCGACAUUUAAAGCUUGAUUUUAAACAGACACCAGACUGUUACGAUUGAUAAAUAUUUCUUUCAUGUCACAUCGCUGUAUGUUUUGGUUCAACAGUUAUUACAGCAGCUUAAAAAAGUCCAUUUGUUUUGGGAGAAACAGUCAUUAUCAGGAACUGGAGAUUAUUGAAAUUCCACGGCGGGUGAAUCACAUUUUCCUCAUUCGUGUGGUCCGACAUCAUCCUGACAUGAGGCUUUACUGUUACCUGUGUAACCAAGGUGAUGUUUUAAAUCACUCCUCCCCCGAGAAGAAUAUCAACACUGAAUUAAUCCAGCCGCAAAAUGAUUGUUUGGGAGGUCUGCGCUCUGGAAAAUAUCCCAGAGAUUAAAGGGUAAUAAUGCCAGUAUUGUUUUAUGUCACUCUGUGUCAAAUGUUAAGAAGUUAUUCCUCUAAUUUGUGCGGUCUGUUUACAGUCAAUAAAUCACUGUAUAAAUACCUGAGCUCAUUUACCACCAGUCAUCCUUUCACAGUAUAAAACACAAGCAAUAUAAUUUGAUCAAAACAAACAUGAAUCCACGGUUUGCUUCUACAGAUGCAGUUUAAAAGAGAACUUUUGAGUCUUUUCCAUCUUCAAUAAGUCUAGUUCAAUCACAAGGUACAGGUCGGAUGAUAUUUUUUAUUUAACACUUAUGAACAGUGCUUUAAAACAUAAUUGAAAGACUUUUUUUAUGGUAAAGAAAGAAAACAAAAGCUAACCCAGAUGUUUUUUUUAUGCAUUAUGUGAUCAAUGAUAAUCCAACAAGAUGUGAAUAUACUAGGGCUGGGCGAUAAACCAAAAACUUACUGAUACCCAAAUUUAAGACAAUAACCAAUGUCAAUAUAUUCGGUUUAAAACAAGGAAUAAAUAAAAGUUGGUUUUGGAUGUGUGUAGGUAGGCUAUGGUCUCAUGUCCCUUUAAGACACUGUCCUACGUCAGAGAUGUCACUCCACCCCAUCCAGUCAGUAACAAAGAGGGAAAGACAAGUGAGGAGAUGGAGGACGGUUCAAAAGUUGUAGCGGCUGAAGAAGACGAAGUUAAUGUGGGAGGAGGUGAACUGCUCGAUAUAUAUCGUGAUAUUGCUUUAAGGCCAUAUCGCCCAGCCCUAGGAAAAACUAAAUUCAGAUUGGCUGUUUUUCUACAUUGUGGGCUUUUGAUAAUAAAGUAAACUUGACAGGAAGCCACGGGUAAACGUAAGGGUAAAACUUUUUCACCCAUACUUAAAAAAUGGAAGCCAAAUUUCCAUCAUUUAACCUCCAUUAUGAAGGACAACAUUGUGUUUCUGUUGCUCCCUACAUCUACUACGUAAUCACCCUUUAUGUCUUUUCUUGAGCCCUCAAAUAUGCAAUGUCGUGUUUGCUAAGAACAACAGCUAGGUGAAGUGAAGAGACUACUUUUUUGAUGUUUCUUUAAUUCAGUUAAGACCAAACUGAAAAUGAUCAUUUCCUAAAAAAUCACGAUCUGUUCAGUUGUAAUAUCUGCUUAAUGGCAGAGGAUCACAGUCAUGGGAGCUCUGAAAUAAUUCCAAUGGAAUUAUUGGAAAUGUGUUGUUUGAUACACAUCUGAUCCAAUGAUUAGUCAUUUCACACAGUCCAACCUCUCAAACUUUCCCAGCGUGUGUGUCAUGUUUCCAGGGAAAGAGAGAGAGAAAGUGGCAGAGAUGGCAGACAGCAGGCUGUCAGUGUGUUUGCAGAAAGAGGGAUGCUUUACUCACUGCGGUGAUUCAAUUUAUGCACCAUAUGGUACACGGUGGUUUCAAGUUUUUCCACAUACUUCUGGGCACAAAAAUAAGUCAUAGUGAACCUGCGCUGAGUGUGUUUUUAAAGUUUCUCUUGAGGGGGGUCUCAGAAGUUAAUCUGAUUACUUUUUGGAGCACCCAUAGGAUUAAAAGUCAACUCUCAGUGUAUCGACUCUCCUCGGUGUUUGUUUAAAAGCACGGGACAAAAUAGCAGAGCUCCUGCUGCUCCCCUGCUUGAAGGCACUGGUGUUGGGUUCUGGUUUUCUGUCCUUGUUGGGAGCCGUGAGGACGAUGGCAGCAGGAAGGCUGGAAGGAAACACCUGAAAGACCUCACAAAUAGAAAUGAUAAUAUUUAUUUUUGUGAAGCACUGAUCACCAAACAAACAGUUUUUUUUGUGGAUGAAUAUAUUUUACGCACUGAUAGUGAGCAGCCAACAGCUGCAGCAGCAAACACAAACUAAAGUGGGGAUUUAGCGUAAAAGUGGCAGAGAUCAGUUGCUCAAGUGUUCUUCAGAGCAAAUUGAGGCUGUGACCGACAUCACUCAAUUACCCUGCUUAUCGUACGUACAAUGAGCUUAACCUCAACCUCCUGCUCUGUUCUUGAAUUCUCCCUCUAAUUAGCCGAGCCGCAGCUCUGUGCAGCCUCUGCUACACGGCUGAGGUCAGGAGAUAGAGGCUGGGAACCACUCAGAGAAACUAAUUAGCCGGCUUUCCAAAACACACUCAGACACGGAGCUGAGCUGAGGCGCUGUGUGUCCUGCAGAGGGAUGUGCGGGAAAACUGCAAAGCCUGAUAAACAAAUCAGCUUCCUGUUAGAUUUAGCAGUUGGAUUUUAAAACAGACGCCGGAGCAGCUUUUUGUCAUUUCAGACGACUGUGGUCCCCAUUACAGGAGGUGUUGAAAAGCUUAGCUUCAUCCAGUUAAUUCAAUUACUGCUGCGUUAAAGGUAUCACUUCACACUUCUUUUUACUGCUCACCUGGGGGUGGUUACAGGAGCACAGUGAGCCGCUAAUCCAGCCUGAAGCAGUUAACCUGAGUGAAAACAGGCCAGACAUUUAGGCCGUCCUGUGAGGGAAAUGUAGUCUUUGUUGACGUAAAUUUACCCAUCAAGAAUUUUAGGUACCCAACUAUACAAGUAAGAUAUGCUGUAAAAAAUUAGCUUAGUUUAGUUUAGUUUUGCCUCAUUUGGAUCAGUUAUAGUUUAUUUAUUGAGAUAUUUGUCAGCGGUUAUUUUGAUGUUGAUUCUAGGAACUAGAAUGUUUUCAAACUCCACCUGGGUUCAUCGAGUGUGUGUGUGAAAGUCGGCGUGAAUGGCAGCGGUAGCUUUUGUUUGCACUGAAGGUGUUUGAGCUCAUCGCUUGGCUGAAAUACACCAGAGCUCAGCUUUUGUGUCUCCACUGAAGGGCAGAAACCCUGAAUCCUGCUGCUUGUAAAGAGCAGGCAUGUUGUGUGUGCCUCUGUGUGUAUGUGUGCGGAAGUUAUUACAACAGCAGGUCUGGAAAGAGACGGCAGGUAUGUGAACUGUGUAUCUGGGUGACUCAGUGUGUUGUAGGUAAAGAUGGAAAUUAAAAAUAAAUGUAGUUCAAAUUAAACUUAGUAUAUCUGGGAUGAAUUUAGUGUUGAUGUACAGUAUUUACUUUUGAUAAAUUAGCUUAAAACCUGUGUAAAAAGUGUCAUACAUCACUUUUCUCUUUGAAAAUUUGUUUAAAAGUCAUCAGAAGGCCACAGAUUAAGAUAAGUUAAAACUUAAUUCAACAUCUGUUUAAAUAUAUCGAUCACAGUCUUUGUUAUAACCAGAUUUCAACAAAAAAUCUGUUAAACUCAUCGAGUCCUAUCUUAUAAUACAGUAUAUUUACAGCUAAAAUGCAAACAUACAGUAAUUAAUAGACUGGAGCUGGUUAUAGUUUCACACCCGUGUCGAUUCAGGCCUUUUUGUCCUUAUAUGGUUAGUCAUUGCGCUUAUUCAGUUUUACAAUCAGGUAUCAGGUAAAUAUCUCAGCAUCCAGGUGUCUCUAGACCUUCACUGUUGGAGCUUCAGCCUCAGUACCUGAGCAUGUGCAGUCUUUUUUUUUACGAAGGAGGCCCUUAACAAUGCUCUUUUUAUAUAUAUUUGUUACGACCGUCUUAAAAUCUAGGGGUCAUUAAAAGGUGUAACACAAUAAGCUUUAGAAUUAAACAGGUAAAGCUAAUAUAAAAAACACUCAAAGUAGGACACCAAGAAUUUUGAGAAUUUAUUUUUGAUGAAACUAGGUGAUAACAAAACUAAACCAGUCAAUCAAGUUGAACAAAGGACAGAGUUGGCUAUUAAAGAAUAGUCUGGUGAAAACCUCAAACAGGAGUGACUUCAGUGAACUCAAAGGCCGAAGUAAAAAACAAAACCCCCAAAUCUAACUACAAAAGAACACCCUUUACCUGUCUGUACCAAAAUCAAAACCCAAUUCUCAACUCCCUGACUCCCACAAAACAUAUCUCUGGACUUUCUUGUAGACAUCAAACAGCACAUAUAGCGCAAAAUUCAUCAUUUUUUAAUCCUCUAUUCAGCCUACAGAAUUUGUAAAAAGUAUUUCCUUUACAUGUCGUAACAACAUUUGAAUGAAUUGUUAUUUCGAUAUGAAUUUGAAUGGUUUCAACUAAUUUACUAUUGGAAUUUCAGUGAGAGCUCAAGCAUGUGCUUUUGUUUUAAAAUAUUUCAAAUUUUAUAGCUCAGAAUGAUUUUUAUUUGAUCCUCAGAUUCCCUGUUUUCAGAUUUUCGUCAAAAUGUAAAACUAUAAUAGAAAAUCUAGUCAUUUUGACUCUCAAUCACUUCAGUAACAACAUCCCUGUAUGCUUAAAAAUAAAAAGAUGUCAGCUUUAAAGGAGUCUUGUUGAAAGAAAAAGGUAAUGAUGCAAUGUUUUCUCUAUUCACAAGUUUAUUUUGUAUUUUAACCUGAUAAAAUCACAGUAGAUCAACUACUAACUUGUCUUCAGUCUUUUUUAAUUAAAAGUCAUUUAUUUUGAAAAGGUGGCGGCGAUGUCAUUCCUUCAAAGAGUGUGUGUUAGAAAAAGAUAACAUUUCAGAGUCGUUUUUUUUUUAUGUAAGGUGUAUUAUAUGAGACGUCUCGCAUCAUGCCUGGUGUCAGCAAGUUUAGAUAAAGUGCCUCUCACUCGUCCCCUUUAUCUGACAUAAUACCUAACGAAGCAUGAUACUGUCAAACACAAUGUAGGCUCCUGCCCCACACCUUCACAUCCACCUUCUGACUGAAAUAUCCUGUAUGCCCUGCAGGGCCGUAGCUUUAUUCUCAUUGUGGUCCUGUGGUCUAGUGUUCCUCUGUGUUUUUUAAAAGGAGGGUGUGAAACAAUCUUUGUUGUGUAACUGAGACAUGUCUGCAGCUCUGAGGCCCACUGAACUCCUCUCACACUGAUCUCUGCUCUGUUGGGGAUAGAUUUCAUUUAAACUGUGGCUCAGAGCUGGAAACACGGAGGGACUCAACCUGCUUUUGGGUUUGAUUGACAGCUGGCUCAGGUUUUCAGCACAGUGACACACAUCCUCUCUCAGUGAUAAGUCUCUAAACUUUGCGUUAUUUAUGCAUUUCUGUUGCUCUAAUAAUUUACUACAGGGACUAUUUGUGUGUGAAGAAAAAAAGCAUUUCAGUAAGCUUUAUCUGUUUCAUUUCAAACACAUUUGUGCUGCGACAAAUACAACCAAGCUUGUGGCAGUCGGUGUAAAAAAGUAGGGGGUUUUCCAGCGGAGUCAGGAGAAGAAAAGCAUCCGCUUAGCAGUGUGAAAGGCCGCCAGCAUGAGUUGAACACAGGUGUAAAUGUAGCUCCAGAUAACAAUGCAAACAUCAGAUCUGUGUCAGUUUGAGGAAAGGAGGCGAGUCCACACAGGAGUAAAGAUGAUCAGUUUAACCUGGAUUCUCUCCAGUGAGAUUUCCCUAAGAAAAACCACAGUGCUUGCAUAAGACAAUAGCCCCACUGUAGGGCUGGGUGAUAAACUGAAAAUUUACAGAUACUGAAAUUUACGACAAUUACCGACGUCAUUCUGCCCACAUUGGUAUAUUCGGUGUCAAAAAAAAAAAAAAGGAGUCUUUUCUGUCUUUGAUAAUUCUAGUUCAGUCACAAGGUACAGGUCAGAUGAUAUUUUUUAUUUAACACUUAUGAACGGUGCUUUAAAACACAAUUGGAGUACAUUUUUUUUAUGUUAAACCCCUGAAAACUUUAAAGUAAUAAAACAAAAGCUAACCAAGAUGCUUUUUAAUGCAUUAUGUGAGCUAUGAUAAUCCAACAAGAUGUGAAUGUACUAGGGCUGGGCGAUAAACCGAAAACUUACAGAUACCGAAAUUUACGGCAAUAAGCAGAUGUCAUUUUGCCCAUGUCAAUAUAUUCGGUGUCCAAAAAAAAUGAAUUAAAAGUUAGUUUUGAAUGUGUGUAGGUAGGCUAUGGUUUCAUGUCCCUUUAAGACGCUGUCAGAGACAUGACUCCAACCCACCCAGUCUGUAACAAAGCGGGAAAGACAGGUGAGGAGAUGGAGGACGGUUCAAAAGUCGUAGCGGCUGAAGUAGACGAAGUUAAUGUGGGAGGGGGUGAGCAGCUUGUGGAGUAGUUAUCGUCCAUUUAUCGUUAUCAAGGUGAACUGCUUCAUAUACCAUGAUAUUGAUUUGAGGCCAUAUCGCCCAGCCCUACCUCACUGUAUUUCCUUAUUUUCAAAAUGAUCUGUGAAUAAAGAUAUAAACAGCUUCGGUUCGGUUUCAGAUAAGUUUAAGAAGCAGUUUGAAGUCACACUGUGAAGGUAUCAUCAUCUCGUGGUCUCAUGACAUUAAAAGUCAUGUUUUAUUUACAUUGCAUUAAAUACUGAGGCUUACCAGUCUGACGCUGAGACAUUUCACUAAUUAAAUUCCUGCUGUCCUGCAGGGACUGAUAAGACACAGAGCUGCUAAUGUAUGUGUGUGAGUGUGUGUGUGUUUUAGAAAGAUAUUGUAAUUAGGUCCUCUGAGCAGAGAGGGAAAAUCCCAAGAGUCUCAAAUACACACAUCCAGAUAAAGUGCUCACAUAUACACACAAAAGAGAGUACACAAAUGCACUUUGACUUGCACACACGUCAACAUACACACAUAUCUUGUGAAAUGCUGGGUUAAAGGAAGCUGAGUGAUGCUCGCUUCAGUCUUCCUCCAUAAUGAUGAAAGGAUGAUGAGCUGACACAUGAACCAACCUAGGAGACCCGAUGUGGACCCAGAUAACCCCCAUCUCCACACACACUCAUAAAGUACAGUAUGUUCUCUCACACAGCCCAAGCCACAAACUGUAUCAGAAGCGUUGCUGUAAAUAAUGUAUGUGGUGCUGGUGGAGGACCGGUGUCUCGGACUGCCGGUCUUUAAUGAAGUUGGGCACGCUGGCCUCACUCGGCUGCCAGAGAGUCAUGAAUAAACAUCAGCCGGCUAAUUAAACUCAGCACGGGCAACUAUACUGAUCAGUAAACAAGCGGUGGUGAGGGGUCUCGCACAUGCUCACACAGGGAUUCACAGAGGAAAUAAUCAAACCAGACCUUCACUCGCCGCUUGAUACAGUUUGCUCUCGUGAGAACAGAAAAGGACCGCGAGGAGCAGAGAGCAAGAGACUUAAAAAGACGACUAAAGAGGGGCAGAGAGAGGAUGGAAGUGUUUGACUCGAAUGAAAGAGAAGCUUAAAGUUGUGCAGACUCUCAGCUUUGAAUACAGGCAGAUAUCAGUCAAACAAACAAGAUAAUGUAUUUCAAGUAGGGCUGGGCAAUAUGGGAAAAAGUUUAUCACAAUAUAUUUUUGUCACUUGUCAAUCUUUAAUGUUCCCUGUUACUCUUAAAUGAAAUUUAACAGUGCUUAUUGGUAGCAUGUCUUUUGCAGUAACAUAAGCUACUGCAUCUGUGAGGUCUUUGUGUCUCUUCAACGUUUUGUCGUAAGGCGUUACGCUAGAGAAAGCGGACUGAAUAAUUGGCUAUUCAGCUGCACAGGCGCCAUGGGGCUGAGGGAAAUUCAUUUUUGAUAUAUAUUGUUAUCGUUUUAUUGCCCAGCCCUAAUUUUAAGUUUAAAAAAGUACUAUCAAUUGGUCAGAUAAGAUGUUCAUUUAAAAUAGUGGUAUAAAGUUACAGAUUAUAGCAAAGAUAUACAGGAUUCAGUAAAUUAGGUUAACAUUAGCUGUUUAACCUCACUGUAAAAUAUAGAUUUACUCUCAUAAUCGUUGUAGUAUGGAGUGUUUUUAUAUUAUAUUGCUAAUCGCUUCUCAGUUCACAGGUCGACUAUAGUCUGUUUGAAUUUUUUUUCUCAUUUUUUUUACUCCAAUUCAAAUCAUUCAAUAAGUAUACAUCAUAUUCUAUGUCUUAUAUGUUGUAUUUGUCCUUAUGUGUCCCAGCGUGUCAUAUUAUAUUGUCCUAUCUUAAGUAAAUGUAUUAUAUAGCAUGCUGUGUUGAAUUAUAUCAUGUCUUCUUGUGUUGUGUUUUACUAUAAAUCAUGUUGUUUGUAUUUCACUGAUAUUUAAUGUUUUUUGUAUUCAAACUAAUUUUACUCCAAGAUACUUUUUCUUGUGGUUUUUUGAAGUAAUAGUGAAUAAAUGUUUUUUACAGCAAUGACAAUUUAAAGAAUUACCUAGCUGUAAUUCUACCAUAUAGUAUUUAUAAUGUUGGUACUGUCAGGUGUAAUUUAGAGUAAGGAAAAGGGAGAAUUUAAAGCGUUAAUGCCUUGAGGUUUGUGUUACAGGUGACACGGGUUUAGUCUGAUGGUUAAAUUGAGUGAGAGGCUUCAUUACAGAGGUCAGAAAAACAUUUAACAAUAAUUAAAAACAGCAUUUGAAAUCAUUUAACAAAGCAGGUUUAAAAAAAAAAAAGAGUGACAGUCGAUUAAAUAAAGACGCAAAUAAAGAUGUUUAUUUGUUAGUCUUUAACCACCACGUUCAGUGCGCACCACAAAUUUUCUUCUGAUGCUCGCUCGUCUGGUCUUGUCUUUUUUUAAAACGCCAACUCCAACCCAUGUCAACUUUCACCUUCUUCAGGUUAUUUAUUAUUGUAUUGUUAUUAAAUGUAGGUAAAAAAGGCUAAAGAAAUAAGAGUCUUACUUUCAAAAUGUUUGUGUUACAAAAGUGCAAAAGGACUUUAACUAGAGCGAGCAAACACAUGCUUUUGGGAUUAUUUCCUGUGUUGCAAAGAUUUCAGUAAAACAUACUUAAUACAGAUUCAAAAAACUUUCAUCAACUCUCAGUUUAGUGUGUCUGUAACUUGAUCAGAUUUUGUUGUAAUCAUUGUUUCAUUUUUCCUCCUCAGCCUGCAGCUGUAACCUGCACGCCCGACGGUGUCGCUUCAACAUGGAGCUGUACAAGCUGUCAGGGAGGAAGAGCGGAGGAGUCUGCCUCAAUUGUCGCCACAACACAGCCGGACGCCACUGCCACUACUGCAAGGAGGGCUACUACAGAGACCUGUCCAAACCCAUCUCACACAGAAAGGCCUGCAAAGGUACAGAGAUCUUCUUUAGUCUGCUCUUUGCAGCCAUCACACGCUUUCCCUCUCCAGUAAUUCUGCAGAAAUCAUCGUUAAAUUAUUUAGAGACAUUUUGAGCAUCAGCGACAGAUUCAAUACCAGAGUUUAUUGAGAUUAUUUAGAUCUGAUUUGCAAUAGUUUAAGAAAGUUUGCAGAGGACAGCGGGUGUCUUCAGUCCUGACUCUGUCUCGCCCUCAUCUUCCUCCGUCAGCAGAGAUGAACUGGGGGUCUGUUGGGAUUGUGGAGGCUGUGGAAGUAUGGGCAUGUCGGGUUGGGUGUUCCCUCAUCGACAUUUGAGUUAUUUGACUUCGUUCGGGGAGGGAAGGGGAGUGGGUGAGGAGAUGACAGGACAAGCAAAACAAACAGAGCUGAGGUGUGAAGUGAUCCCCGGUGCAGGUCGGAGACGAAUGAGAAACAGGGAAGAUCGGAGGAACAUGCAAGAGAAAAAUAAGUUAUAUGCAGAGGAGAAAAAAAAAAAAAAAGGUUGGCAAGAGAGUGAAAGAUUGGAGAGAGGAAGAAGAGAGGAGAGGAGGAACCCCCCUCCUCUAACCCCCAGGUGUGCUCACGAUUAAGUGCUGGAUGAAUCGGCUGCCAUCAGCCCACAGCGUAGCUAAUAAGGGUCAAAGAAAGAGAGGAGAAUGAGGAGGAAGAGGAGGGUGGGGGUUGAAAAAAAGACAGAGGGUAUGUUUUCUCACCUCGUCUAUAGCUGCAGGGAAAGAUAACAGGAGCUGAAUCCCUGUGCAAACAAGCCCACAGACACCUCACCGUCGCUCCAUAUACAUGCAGCAAUGCGCACACAGAAACACACGCAUAGUUGGAAGGUUUUUAAGCACCACUUCUGAAGGUGGUCUGCGAGGAAAUAUUAGCCGCCCGCUGACAGUUUAAGCUGCAGUUUUCUCACAUCAGUCACCAGGAAGUAAAUAAAUAAACCAACCAAUCGGUCAGUUUGACAGAAGGCAUGUCUGAAGGGUGAAACAUCUGCGGAAGAGAAGGAAAUGAUUCACGACACUGCCUCCUCAGCAGAUUCAAGAAAUAUCUUCCCUUAAAUCUGACCUUGUAGCUCCUAAUUUUUAUCGUUUUCCUCUUCAUUAGUAAUAAACACAUGCUGAUACAAAAGCAGUCAGUGCAAAAUACUGUGACAUGAUGUGUUGAAUCAUCUUCUGCAUGAACAAAAACUCCCUGGAAAAAAUACCAAAGCUCUCUAAAAAACUGCCUCUAUCCAUUUUUCACCUCUCCUCAUCUGCUCGUGAGUGAUAUUCCCGCUCCAACGUUAACACCUUCCGUGGCUUUGGGCCCAUUUUUCUGUCGAGCAGGAAUGCAAACACACAUUCAUCAAGAUGGGAUGUUGUGUAUCAUUAACCCCUAUCCUCUGCUGUGUCUGCCAGCCAGGCUAAUUGUGCAGAUUUAACCUCUUUUUUUGUGUUGUUGUUUUUACAUCUCUUCUCAUGUGUCUCAGACUUGAUUCUUUCAGCAUCCCAUAACUCACUCUCAUGGGGGUUUGUUUUUCUUCACGAAAAAAGCCUCAGAGGUCUUCUGUGUAUUAAAACAUGGAAAUGUUUAAUGUAGUUUCAGACACAUUUUAUUAAAUAGAAGAGCAAAACAAGACCUAGAUUGAGAUAUAUGCCAAAACAUUUUAUUUUUAUGUGUCUAAUGUUUGAAUUAGGGAUUGACUGUGUUGGGGCUGGGCAAUAUGGCCUCAAAUCAAUAUCACGAUAUAUUGAGCAGUUCACCUCGAUAACGAUAAAUGGACGGUAACUACUCCACAAGCAGCUCACCCCCUCCCAUAUUAACUUCAUCUACUUCAGCCACCGAUCCAGCCACUCAAACUUUUGAACCAUCCUCCAUUUCCUCACCUGUCUUUCCUUCCUGGAUGGGGUAGAGUAAUGUCACCAAUGUAGGACAGUGUCUUAAAGGGUCAUGAGACCAUAGCCUACCUACACACAUCCAAAACCAACUUUUAUUUAUAUGUAUUUUUUUGACAUCGAUUAUACCGAUAUAGGCAAAAUGAUGUUGGUUAUUGUCAUAAAUUUCGGUAUCAGUAAAUUCUCGGUUUAUCGCCCAGCCCUAGACUGUGAUAAACUUUAGUGCUAAUAUUAAAGAAAAUAAAGACUUGAGCAUUUUAGAUUAGAAUUAAAAAAAGAAUAUUAAGGAAAUGUCUGAUGCUCACAGACUGCUUUACUCUCUUUUUUAAUGCCUCUAAACUGAGUGUCCUUUGAAGAAAGUAUGCAACAUUUACUCCACCAGAGGAAAACAGAUUCAUCAUAAUCUCCUUUUAUUGCAAAACUAAAAUAAAGCAAUAAUAAAAAAAAUAAAAAGGAGAAGAAAACCUCAGCUUGAUCAUGAUAAAAUAGUCUUAACCAAAAGUAAAAACAGCCUCCUUACAGAAAAUAAAAAGAUUCCACUGUUGUGGAAAUAUGUUCUCAUUUGAUGAUGACUAACUUAAUGUGAGGAAACUUUGGAUAAAUGAGUCAUGAAAGGAAAGUCAAAACAGUGCGCUGAAAGCUGUGAAAAAUGCACCUGGUGUGGGCCCUGGGUGUCUGGAUCGCACUGAUUUCAUACAUGCAUCUACAUUUAUGUGUUACCGGUACGAAGCCCGACACAAACUUUCUCUUUAUCUGUCCCUCUUGCAUGAACUCAGCAUGCGCACGCUGCUUUUCACAUCUUUUUUGCGCUGCCUUCUUGCCCUGUCUGAGGGGAAUACAUUGCCAAUGCAACAAACAUGCAACAUGUCCCUAUUUCAUCCUCAGGAUUACUCAAAGUUUAUAUAAAAUCUGAGAACUAUCAGUCAUCACACUACAGAGAACUUUUUUUCUUCUGAGCUUCACAAAGAUUAAAUAAUGUUGAGUCUUAUUUUGACUUUUCUUUAAGUUAAACAAAGAAACUCAAAACUUUCCCCGCUCUCAGAUUCUUGCUGCAGUAAAAUAUAGAUUAACUAUUUUGAAAUAAUUGAGGGAUAAAUCAGAAUUGAAUAUAUUCCUCUGUUAAAACUAAUGAAUUCAUCCCUUCAGCUCUGAUAUGUAGAAUUAAUUAACUUACAGCUCAAAAAUACAUGAAGAGAGAGUUUUGUUCCUCCAUGCAUCCUCAGAUGGACUGACAACAAUAUAUAGAAUAAUAGAUUAAUCGUUUUGAAAGCUAAUCACAGCCCCAUAAACUCAAAGCAGAGGUACAGUCUUGUCAUUUCCUCAUUACAUCUGUGUCUCAAAGUCAUCCCUCACUUCAAACAGACUCCUUCCCAUUCUGCCUCUCGCUGCACAACAACAUAAACACAUUUCAUCAUUAUUUACAAUACUGUCAGCUCACCUAAACCGUUUUGUUCAAUUUAAUCCAUGAAAUUCACCAGAGGUUGUGCACUACCCACCUCUCCCAGUCCUGUGAAAUGAUAUGCAAACACAGUCCGAGCUCCACUGAGGUGUUCAGUUACGACAAAACAGGCUCACAAUAAAGGAUGCAUGGUGAUUACCGCAAGCUGACAAAUGAUACCGUGCAUGAACUCUUUCUUUCGCCAAUUAAAACACUCCUGCAAACUGUAUUUGGAGAGUAACAGAUGAAAAUUUUUCACAUGUUUUUUGUUGCCAUGUUACAUAGUCUGGAGUUUUGUUAACAUACACAGCUUUUUCCCAAUGUCAAGUGUUUCCCGGCCGAAUUCUCUCACCUUGCCCACACCAUAACUCAAGAUAAUUCAGUGAAACUCGAACUGCAGAACCAAUUACUGUCCACUCCUUAAAGUGACAGCAAUUAAGAGGUUGGUUAUUUACUCAACUGUAAAAGAAAGAAAGAGAGGGAGCAAGAGCGCAGGUCGAGGAGCACCGAAGUUUACUUUUGUAUGCGAAACACAAUCCACUCCUCUGAAAAAAGCGGCUCAUUUCCAUAGGAGGGUGAGCUGUGCCUGGCGGCCACAUUUGCUUACCAAACUGUACAACUUCAGCCCUCAAUGUUCUUGUUUUUGUUUGUAUCUUUGACCGCAUAAAACUGGAAGGGUGUAUCUGAACUAAAAGAUUAUGAGGUUAAAGAGAUAUUAUGGCAUAAAAUUAAGUAAGGGUCACACACACACUGUAACACCGAGUUAGACAGCCCCUGGAGAGAUGAAUGUUGCCGACCGUUUGCUUCUCUUGUUAUACCAACCAAAACCCCACUCUAUAACCAAAAAAAAUGCUCAGAACAGCACCUAACUUCAUCAACAGUACAUACAGGGUCCCAGCCACAGCACAAGCCACAAAACAUCUUUUUAGCUUAACCUGGUUCCUUUAGCAAGGAGACUAAACACAGCUCACCCACUCUCUUCCAGCAGCUGCUUGUUUGUGGGGGAGCCCUGAUGAGUCGAUUACCGAGUGCUGUGGAGUUUCGCAGCUCAAGGAAGAACAUUUAUGAUCAUUUCUUAAUGGACUGACUCAACUUGGUGUUAUGGUGCGUUUGACCCUAACUUAAAUUUACACCUGAAUAUCCCUUUAACACAAAAAGGCAAUAAGACUGAGAGAAGCAGCACUCUUGGUGGUCUUUCAUCACCUCUGAUAUAUGAUGAGAUAACAGCUGUAGCAACAACGUGAUAAUUUGAUGCAGAGUUUGAUCAGCUGUGUUGCCACACUGUUUAUGACUUUAAAUGCCAUUUAUCAAAGUUACAUCAGUUACAUGAACAUCAUUUCUAAAUGCCUUUGUUGAUGGGCAGUCUGGUUUCCAAAUAGGAGCAUUCACACUUCCAUUAAUGGUCUUUCCCUUCAAUCAGAUCUUAUUCAACAGAAGUUAUAGUUAUAACCAACUUGGCCUUGCUCUUUGAUUGAAUGAAAGGAAAUGUAAUGAUUGCGUGGGAACUGGCUUAGAGGAUAAAGAUAUGACUAGAAGGUAAUGUAUGUAGGGAUCUCAAUUCAAAACAAAAAUUAUAUUUGGCUAAACUGCAGUUUUAGAAGGUAUACUUAUCCACUGUGAGUCUUAUGUUUGACCAGAAAACACAACAUACCACAUAUGAUCAGCAGAGAAAUAUCACUUUAUCCAGGGGGAACCUAAACUGACACAAACAGAUCCUCACACUAGCUUUAAGUCCUCCAUCUAAACUUAAUAAAAUCAAGAUGCUGCAGGUUUGGCGCUGGUCUCUGUGACUGAUUGAUCAAAUUUAGGCCUCCACAUUGGUAUCCGAACAUCAACCAUCGUGGAAUUACAUCGGUCAGUGGGCUGAUGAGAAACAUAUUUCGCAUUAAAAGGAAAAUUAGGCUCCGACUGAGGGAUGAUCUAUUUCGAUUACAGUAACAAGCUUGAAAAACUCUCAUGCUUUGACAUAUGUCUUCCAUUGACAUUUCAGGGCUUUUUAUUGGCCACAUAAUUUCUGUUAAAAAUAUGUUUUCCUCUUCAGAUAUGAAAAUAUUGAUUUCAUGACUACAAGACUACAAGUACUGCUCUCUCUGCUUUUAAUAAGAAUAACACACAUGCCGCAUCACCCAACUAACUCUGUUCAGAUAAGCUCAGAUCUUCUGCCUGUUGCCAAAGCACAAGGCUCGUCUUGGUUUCUAUUCAAGAAAACUGAGAGAAUUCAGCCAAUUGAACCUAUUAAUCUGAUCAAUAAAACCACCAAACACCAACACAAGUAAGACCCACCCUCUAAUAAAUCAACACAUCUUUUAGAGAGCUGUUUAUGCAGACCGAAACAACUGAACAACACCAUCUCUUACUGCUCUGCAAAGAUACUUGUGGUGGAGCAGAAACCUAAUUAUAAUAGAAGACAGACUCGGGUAGCUUGGCUUCACUUCAGGGCCAACAAAUUAUUCUUAUUGGCACAGAACACACAAACCAAAUGAAUGAGCGGUGGGAGCAGAGUUCAGACUUCAAACGGCAGCUUUAUGGUAAACGAUUGGCAGAGUUGAAAAUUCUCACAUUGUGCAAUCUCAGACUGAGGCCCGCCUUUUGAAAAAGCUUUCAACCCCUCCCCAUUAACCGAGAAUACUUUUCAGUUUUUCAAUCACAGCGACGGGCGCCAAGAGCCUUUUCAGCGUGAGGAAAUCUGUCUUCAUCGUUAAACAUGACAGCUAUACAGGAUUAGAUUUUGUUCUAUAUUGCCAAGAGAGAGACCACCACACUUUCGUCCUCUGCCGUCCUCAUAUCUUUCUUGGAGAUCUGUAGUAGCCACUUAACCACUAAGUGGACACACACUUAAACCAGAGACUCUCACUCGCACCCGCCGCGGUGGAUCUGCCCUUAACCUGACAGGUGGGUCAUCCAGACAGGGGUUCAGACUAUUUGUCAUCCGGCAGGACAGCGGGGUAAGGCUCAGUCAGCCUUUGAGUCGAAACAGAGGGCAUAAUGCAGAGAAGGGGAGGCUUCUGAGUGUUUCCCACCUGUAGACCAUGUGCUGCUGUGCACCUUGAUUUACUGGCGAGCUUUCGUCUCAGAGCUGUGGUUACCAGGCAGGCGCUCUUAGAUAUAUAAACUGAACUCUCUGAAGCUCCAACCAGGAACGCUCUUUGCCCUCCUGAGCCUCAAACUCCUCUGACGUGUUCAUAAAUCUACAGGCCUGAAGACGUGCCGCACUGGCCUCCACGCUGUUCAUUGAGCUUCUUGAAACCAUGCUUGUAUUUGUGUGUGUGUGUGUGUGUGCUUUUUCUCCCGCUCUGCUAGACACAACUUAACAAUGAAAGCGGUGACGGAUUGGUCUGAUAAAGGUACUAAUAGAUACACACACUUUAAAGGAGUUUUCUUUUGUCUGAUAAGGCGGGCAAACGGCACAAGUAUUCACUUAAGCUGCAGAGAUAAGGGCAGCAGCAGGAGCUGAGUCACAGGAAGUAGGCAAUAGAGAUAAAAGUGAGGAGAAGUCUGCGUGCUGGUGUGAUUGAGAGGAGAGGCAGUGGUGUGCUGACGUUUUAACCCCAGGGCUAGCAUAAAAUAUGUGUGUGCACACAGUUAGUAUUCACUUACCUUUUGGGUUUCCAAUAUUUACUUAAUUACUAAAAUCCAAGUAUCAUGUUGUUACAUUCUAAGAAAGAGGUACUUAAACCCUAAUAAUGACCAGAAUAGUGGCAGCAUACUUGUUUAAUUGUAUGAAGACUCAAAACAAUCAUGUCUGCAAAAGCUACGGAGAUAUUUCCAAGAAGACGAUGACCUAGUGUACCAGUACUGAUGAUCACUAAAAAUAUGUGUAUAAAACAUAUAAAACAGCAGAGGGUAGCACCAGUUCUUUACUCUGGUCACCACUGGUAGGGUGACCAUAUUCUGACUCCCCAAAAAGAGGACAUGACUACGCAGGGGUGGAGUCUCGGAGUCGUACAAAGUUUAUUUUGAGGUUUUUUCGGGUUGGAUCGAGUGUCUUUUAUGCGCUUCUAACUCAGUAAGUCCACAAAAUCGAAACUUACGUACUAAACCACAGACAUUUAAAGGAUUUUAUAAAACUCCCCGGACAAAGCCGAACAACCACUGGUCACCCGAACCACCGGCUAUGAAAUAAAGAAAAGAUCAAGAAGAAGCAGAAGAAGAAGGAGACUAAGGAACAGCUAGCUAGUUGGCCUUCAUUACAGGGAUAAAACAUAACUUGUUACAUCAUCGCAUUAAUUAGGAAAAUGUAUGAAGUAACGUGUCAUUCCACCCUUGUCUCUGCCUUUGCUUAAUAUGAAUGAUGGUGUUUUUCCCUAAUCUUUCUAUACAUAUCAUGAUAAUAUUGUAAAUGUUUUUGGUCGCUAUAGCUGCGAGGUAAAAAUCUGAAAUGACAGCGCUAUAUUCAACCUUGUAAAUGCCACUGCGAAGAUGGGAUUUAGCAGUGGCGCCUGGGUUGGCCUGACAGAGGUAGGGACACGCCGCUAUUGUGAUGAACUCCAAACUAUUACUUUGAAAAGCGUAGGGCUGGGUGAUAUGACCUCAAAUCAAUAUCAUCAUGUAUUGAGCAGUUCGAUAACGAUUAACAGACGAUAACUACACCACGAGCUGCUCACCCCCUCCCACAUUAACUUUGUCUACUUCAGCCGCCGCUCCAGCCGCUACAACCUUUUGAACCGUCCUCCAUCUCCUCACCUGUGUUUCCUUCUUUGUUGUGGAUUGGAUGAAGUGGAGUCAAGUCAAAAGGGACAUGAGACCAUAGCCUACCUACACACAUCCAAAAUCAACUUUUAUCUAUUUAUUUAUUUUUUUGACACCGAAUGAACCGAUAUGGGCAAAAUGACGUUGGUUAUUGUUGUUAAUUUUGGUAUCGGUAAAUUUUUGAUUUAUCGCCCAGCCCUACAAUGGAGUUGUUCUUGUUCUUCACUCACCUACUCUGAUGCCUGCUGUGAUGUGAGGCAAAUGUUGGCCAAAGAUUCAGAGUGCAUAACAAAAUUAACAUUCAAAGCAAAACAACCAAACAACAUCUGUUCCUGCAGUCAAACAGCAUCGCUUAAUGUAUUGAAUUAAUGCACAGUAGAAACCAGCAUGUUGAUUGUAUUUGUAGCUUCUUUUCAUCAAAAUUUGCUUUGACAUUUAAACACAUUAAACACUCAUUUGGAUGCAAUGAGCCGAAAUGAACAGAUUCCUUUGAGACUGUAAUUUUUCACUCUGGGCUGAACAGUGUGUGGUUAAAAACUAAACAGGCCAAACCACUAAAUACCCCUCAAACCUCAAAGCACAUAAUUCAGCCUCGCCUUUGAAGGCUUUCAGACUGACAAGUGACACAAGGCAGAAAAUAAUCUUUUAGGCGGGGCAGCCAAUGAGGCUGAAAGUCGGCAUCAUUGCUUGGAAAUAAACAAAAUAUAACAGUCAUAGAGUGAGGAAUUAAGUGAUGAGAGUUUGCUGACAAACAGCGUUUUUGGCUUUGUGGGUCUUUUGGAGUGAAGAAGUAGAAAUCGAUGAUAAAUUAUGAAGACUGCUCUGGUCUGGAUUACAUCGUCAGGAUUUACAGCGCUGGCUGUUCAUAAGACAAUUAAUUCAACCACCUCUCUUCAAAACUAUUGCCAUCCAAAAAUAGAUGAAAAGAAACAACUCUCAGACAUUGAUUACUCAACAGUGAUUUCAAACCUGUCAUGGGUUUGGCUGUGAAAUAAAUGAAGGGCUUGGACUGUGGGGGGGGGGGAGCAAUUGGGAAAUGAUUACAUUCCUGAGGCACAUGUGUUUGAUAGACCCCCCAGUUUGGGAGGAAGUGUGACAGACGUUUUGGGCUUGUGUUCAAAGCCCGGCAGAAAUCAAAAGCAGGCAAUUAGGAUUAUCCUCCAUUAUUUUAUCAUUUGGUAAACAUGCACAACCCUUUCUCUUAAGCUCAGACGCAUAACGGCCUUCCCACACUACCCACACACCAAGGACAAAGACCCAGACUCACAUGCAGAGAUCACAAACACACAUGUUUGUGAUUAUGAUGAAACUGUUUUUUUCAGCAGCUUCUAAUGUUGGUAUAUGUGAUCUUUUAAUGCUAAUGAGCUAAUUCGCAAACAAUGCUGUCGUUUCGAGGAUAUGCCGCUGUUUAAGUCUCGAUGCUACAGUCGCCUCACAACAGGUGCUCUGGUGUCAGAUGUGAAAAAACGGUCUGCUGUCUCUGUGCAUCCCUCCACUUGCACUCUCACCACUCUGUUGUUGACCAUAUUCACACAGCUGCCGUUUUCCUCUAAUGUCUAGCUUAGCAAGGCUUAAAUGCUGGUGUGACAUUUCCCUGCUGCGACCCAAUUCCUAAUCGAUUAGCAAAUCAGAAUCUUAAGACACUUAAUAGUGAGAAGGCAAAGGAACUUGGAGCCAAAUUCAAGUUAAGACAUUUAAAACCAACCAUCAACAGCUAAUUUUAGCGUUCGGCUGCUUCCUAGCUUGUAUAACUUUAUUGGGAUAUUACAACAUAAAAUUAAUUAAUGGUCAAAGACACCAUAACACCGAGUUAGACAACCCCUUGAAAGAUCAAUGUUGCUGACUGCUUGCUUCUCCAGUUAUACCAACUUUAGUAACAACCGCAUGAUAGCAGUACACAGCGGUCUUAGAAGCCAGACACAAACCUCAACCAAAACGCCACUCUAUAGCCACAAAUAAUGUUCAGAACAGCACCUAACUUCAUCAACAGUACAUACAGGGUCACAGCCAUAGUACUAGCCACCAAAUAUCUUUAAAACUUUACCUGAUUUCUUCAGCAAAGAGACUAAACACAACUCACCUACUCUCUUCCAGCAGCCGCUUGUUUGUAGCGAGAACUCAGGCCAGUCCAUUAAGGAUUGCUGCGGGGUGACGCAGCUCAAGAAAGAACAUUUGUGAUCAUUUCUUUGCAAUCAGACCGAGACACUAAGGCUUGAAGAACUACCGCGUCUGCAGUGAAAAAUUAUUAAUAUGGUGAUUAUUACUUUUGGGAAAUUAUAAAGUAAUGAUCAUAAAUGUUCAUGAGCUGCGUCACCCCGCAGCAGUCUAUAAUGGACUGGACUGACAAGUUGGUAUAACUAGAGAAGCAAGCAGUCGGCAACAUUCAUCUCUCGAAGAGGUGUCUGACUGGGUGUUACGGUGUGUUUGACCCUGAAUUAAUUUUACGCUGAAAUAUACUUUUCAGUAAAACUUUGACUAUGUCCUGAGACAGUAACUGUCAGGAUGAGGUUGAAUGCUAACUAUUCAGUUUGACAGUUUCUCUCAGGCUUCAACUCUAAAACUAGCCAACGGUUAAGAAAACACUAGCUAAUGCUAGUGUUAGCAAGUAGCGGUUGGAUGCUUAAAAUAGCUGCUUGCCAAAAGUGUUUCAGGUGUCUAGUUUCGGCUUGAAUUAGAGCCUCAUUUCUCCCUGGGAAAAGGAGGAAAUGAGGCAAUAUUUGACUUUUUAUCCUCUGCAUUCAAAAACAUGGCAGUAUUAUUAUAGUUGUACCACAUCUGAGCUUUUUACCACCCCAGAAAAUAGCAACUGUGUGAAUAUAGUGAGUAGUUGCCACCACUGCUGUCUCUGCUGCUGUGUGCUCACCUGCACUCUCUGUAGAUAGAAUAUAUGUGUGUCCGUGUGUGUCUCUGUGUGUGUGUGUGACCACUCACUGUGCCUCUCUUUCUUCCUCUGUUUCCUCACAGCAUGUGAUUGCCAUCCCGUGGGUGCUGCUGGCAAAACCUGUAACCAAACCACAGGACAAUGUCCCUGUAAAGACGGUGUGACUGGUAUCACGUGCAACCGCUGCGCAAAAGGCUACCAGCAGAGCCGCUCGCCCAUUGCCCCCUGCAUAAGUACGUGGACUCUUUACCACAGAGGGACGGACACACCAGACACUAUACUAUUUAAGACACAUUAUGUACAUGUUAAGAGACACACAUUUAACAGAGAAACAUCCUUGUCCUUUUCUUCAGACAAGCGCUUUGUGUCUGACUGUCGGUUUUCUGAUCAGUAAAUCUGCAAGCUUAGAUAAACACAUCAUUAAAGUGAAUCUCAAGGUUCGAGGAGUGUAGUCUUCUAAAGCUGUUAACACCAGCAUCCCUUAACCCCAAAGUAUCUGAGGUAAAAGUAUAAGAUAACUCUUUUUCUCAGCAUCCUGUGACCAUUAAAAAGCUGAUUUUGUAUUUAUUCAAAAUGAUAAAAAGAUAGUUUUAGCAGAAGGAUAACUGAGGGCUUAAAGCUGCUCACCAAGUAUCAAUUUUUUAUAUUUAUUGGCUCCUUUAUCUUACUCUAAAACCCAUUAUAAUCAGCGCUCUGCUUUCGGGAUUAGAUACGAGGAAUUAGACGCUCCACACGGAGAUGCUCGGCUGAGGUCCAAUUAAGAAAUAAAUCAAAUCAACUAAUCAGAUAUCUUUGAUUCGUGGGAAUGCGAGGUAAAAGCUAAGGUGUCGAAGCGCUGAUCCCUGUGAGAUGGAAAUCAAAUCUCUCCCUGAUGAUAACUAUCUAAUCAACUUAAAUCUUUUACAGCCGUCUUUUAGAUUUAGCGUCCACGCUUGCCAGCUUUCUUUUUGCUUUAUCUUUGAUUUGUGUACACCUCCGAGCUCUUCAGAAACAAAUCACGCCAGCAUAAUGAGAAACAGGCUCAUUACUUAAACUGGCACGUGUGGCGGCUGAAUACUGAUGGGAGAAUCUGAUCAACAACAACAUCAGCAAAGUGACCUCUGGGCUUUCAACGCCAUUGUUUUUCUUGUCAUUAUAAGGACCAAUUUGUCACGGGAGAAGGCCUCAUUAUGUCUACAAGGCGUGCACUUCAUUUCAAGACUCUGAUUUACUUUGCACCAUAAAUGAAAGAAAGAGGGGAGCAGGUUCGCUCAGACCCGGCUAAGAAAGUCUGGUUUUACUUUUAUCAAAGACUUGAUUCCUCCUGUCUUUCCUCACAGUGUUCACCUCUGAAACCACCACUAUGGAGCACCUCUUUCUUUGCAUGUGUCUUUGAUACGUCUCUGCGGUUUUACCUUUUGUCCUCGUAUUCCUCUUUUAUGAGAGGAGAGCCCCUUCUCUCCUGCCCACAGUAACAAUAAAAAGCAUUUUGUGAGUUUUAUAUCUUCUGUUGCCAUCCUGCUCCUUUGGAGAUAAGGCGGCAGAUCUACACGCAUGAUUUCUCCGAGUGUCAGCUUCCUACCCACAGAGUAUAAAAGUAGAAGUCUUUGGACCAUCACACAGCUCUUUUAGCUUUUCUAAAACAAGAUGGUACGACUGACGGAGAUGAAUGUCAGAAAAAAACUUUAAUUUUUAUGAUAUGUUUGUUAAAGGAUUCAUGACAGCGAAAAAAGAUUACAUUACAUUGAGUUUUUGUGAGGCAUAAAACAGAUAUCACAGUGAGAAUUUCAGAGCUGAAAAUUAUAAAACAGAUCCUGUUUUAAGAUUUAUAAAUUAUUAUUGGAAAAUGUUGUUCUUUCAUUAGACUGAUGGUAGAAGAGAGGCGCAAAAUAUCAGCAGAAAUUCACUUUAAAUGCCGAAACCGAAAGAGCAUCAUUAACUAUUGAUUAAAAACAUGACGUGCGAUUGGUUUGUCGAGUAAAGGAAAAAGAGGAAUGUUUUCUUCUACAGUGAAAAUACUUUAAAAAAGAGAUUUUUAAACGGAGGAAAUGAAAAGUUUUCACACAUACUAAAAUGAUAUUAAAAAUAAGGAUAUUUUAGCAUUAGCAUCGGGCGUUAUUAUCGACAGCAGAGAACUGACAGUGAAACAGACACAAAGCACCUGAGUUAUGGACCCAACGUAACAGUUGGUGUCUUAAUCUAAUCGUGCGUUUACACCAAAGCUUGUCUGUUGAAAAAUCCACCUGUGGGUAAUUCAAGUCAUCAUGUAUUAUUUCACAAGUUUGUACAGGUACGCCUGAUGAUAAAACUGAUCUUUCCUUGUGUGUAUGUUUUGUUUCCUCUGCGAGUAGAGAUUCCUGUUGCACCUCCUACGACCCCGUCCAGCAGUACAGAGGAGCCAUCAGGUGAGUACAUAUACGGGUCCAACAUUGAUCCCAUUUAUAGGCUUUAUUUUCAUCUGUGUUCUGCCGCACAUUGAGGGGAAAAUCACAGCAGAGUGAGGACAUAGCUAUGGGACUUUUUUUUUUUCCACACCUCAGAUUGAUAUUUUUCCACUAGUGUAAAAACAGCCGGCUAGAUAAAUUGGAUCCCUCAUGCCUUCCUCCUCCUUAUUAGUGGUUCAUGAAUAUUAAACCCAUUAGCAGCAGCCCUGGGAUGGGCCUCCUUUAAUCUCUCACACUUUCACAAUUAAUCAGUCUAACUGCGGCACAGUGGGGUGUUGGUGUUGGUCUGGGACUCGGCCGUUUGAUUUGAAGAUUUCUCAUCCGUCCAAACUCUCUGAGUCUCAGUCUGAGGUAGUGAAGUUAGGGAAUAUCGGACGGAGGAAUCUGGAUCUUGUAUCUCAUCUCAGGUUGCAACUGUACCGUCACUCACGAAUACAGGAAAUGACUCAUGUUUGAAACAGUGCUGAUUUACUGUACCAUCAUUAUAGUGGUUGUAAAUUAUCAAGUAAAAUAAGAGAAAUAAAGCUUUUUUAAACUUAAAAGAUGUUUUAGAUAUUUUAAGUUUAUUGCGGGAUCUUUUAUUCCAAUUUUUAAGACAAAUUAAAAUUAAAUGUUAAUCUUUUUCUUUUAACUAUAUUUGGAAAAGGCAAUAUCCCAAAUAUGUAUUUGUUGAUUCUAAGUAUUUUCCGACAUUAAUUUUUUCCCCAGUGUAUAAUAUCUAUAAACACUUGUGUAUUUACAAAUAAGUGCUGCUAUUUUGCUUACAUUUACCUACAGUAUAUGUUUACAAUACAACACAUACCACUGUUUCAUCUGUCCGAGAAUGUCCAUUGCGCACAUCAUUAUAUCUAUGACUAAUAUCAUUGAUCUAAUUGCAUUAUUUGAUGCAAAUUUACCCAGAUAAAAUAUGCAAGUCAUAGUGUGAGUGCUAAUGUGAAUCACAAAACUUGUUGUAACCUGGAAACACAGAGACAUUCGUCGACAAACCACAUCAGAAUAACUUCCACGUUUGGUUUUUUGACCUCCCGGUGGAAACAAUUGAGUCAUCUGGCACCGCAUGUUUGCUCUGUCUCAACCAUGAAGUUGCAGGAGGCCCAUGGUGUGCGUAUUAUGUGUAUGUGAGAGUGUGUGUGAGAGAGGCUCCUGCAGCUGUUAUUGGGCCCUCUGAGUUCCCUUGCAUUCUCCAGACAGCUUCGAUUGACGGCACAGUCAGGGAUACUCACCGCCCUCCCCCCCAAACCUUCCUCCACCUUUUUUCCUUUCUGGUCUCUUUACGCUCUCUCCUCCACUUCCUUCGUCUCCCUCUGUUUCACGCUUUGUCUUCACAUAGCACUGUGGGUGGUGUUGAGCCGGAAUAUCUGGAGUUUCUCUGGGCCCCCUUGUCAUGAAUCUGUCCAGUUUUGGGGCGGGGGACAUUUUCCUCACUUCAGUCAUGGAUUACUGGAUAAGUAAGAGGAGAGAAAAGCCUGCAUUGCUUUAUCAACAUCAGGCUUGUUUACUGUAGUGCUUUUUUUUUUCAGAGUCUUGCGAUUGAUAUUAAGAAGUGUAUUUUGACGCUUUUAAAAGCCAUACCCUAUUCCAGUUCACUGUGUUCAUGCAGUUUAUUCAAGUAGAGCAACUCGAUAUCCAAAUAAUCCUCUUCAUCAGACCGUGUCAUUGAACAAAUGUAAGCACAACCUGAAGGAGACUCUGUAAUGACUGAGAUCAUGUAUUCAUACAGCUAAUCUAAUCAGCAGAGAGCUCUGGGAAUUCCCUCUCAGGUGGACUUGAAGGACAUCCAGUAUCUGCUACACUGAACUAAUAUAGUCCGCCAUGAACAGAAGAGCUCAAAACCCAAAGACUGAACGCAGAAGUUUCAUUUUACAGAAGUGUGAAAUGGAACUGUACCUCUUGUUGGGCCAGUGUUGUUGAACAGCGGUGAUAUCAUCUGAGUUCUGAUCACAAACAGAUGUGGGGUUUUAUCAGAGGAUCAAACAAUACUUUCUAACCCACAAACACUACCUGUUUUGCUGCAAAUAAAAUCAUAUAUUUUUAAGAUUUUAUUACUUUUAUUCUGGCGGUUGUAAAGUAGCAUUGUUGGAUUAGGUACACGCAAACUCAUAGCUUUCAUAAAGAAAAAAUGUCAAGAUUACCAUUGGCUCAAUCUUGGCUGUUAUGUCAAGUAACAGAUUUUUAAAUAAAUUCUACUAGGGCUGGGCGAUAUGGCCUCAAAUCAAUAUCACAAUAUAUUGAGCAGUGCACCUCGAUAACUACUCCACAAGCUGCUCACCCCCUCCCACAUUAACUUUGUCUAUUUCAGCCGCUGCUACAACUUUCUCUCUGUCCUCCAUCUCCUCACCUGUCUUUCCCACUUUGUUACAGACUGGAAGGGGUGGAGUCACGUCUCCGAUGUAGGACAGCGUUUUAAAGGGACAUGAGACCAUAGCCUACCUACACACAUUCAAAACCAACUUUUAUUCGUUUUUCUGACAUCAAAUAUAUCGAUAUGGGCAAAAUGACAUUGGUUAAGGUCCUUACACGCAGGGGCCGACACGAAUAUAGAGCGCGAAAGUAAAAAUUUUCGGAGGUGAAUUUUGACACAUCAAGCCCGAUGUGAUUUUGCGACUUUCCGGGGGAAAAAGACUUUUUGCCGGGGAAAGUCCCGCCUCCUUCGCCUCUGAUUGACUAGAAAAGCUGGAAACGUCAUUACAGGUUCAAGCCAGAUGGUCAGCACUUAUAGCCAAUCAGAGGUGAUAAGAUAAGCACAUGAAACAAUCAGCCGGUCGGCCAUGUUGGAUAUACCGGUGAAUCUGACGUCGCAACAACACGCAAUAUGAUUGGUCAGAAGUGGAACACACAGUCUGCGAAACUUUAAAAAAUCUACCAUGAUCGGCAAAAAAAAAUGCCGCAAUAUCGCAGGACGGGAAAACGUCACUGAUGUGAACGCUUGUAUUGACAGGAUAUGGGUUUGAAAAAAAAUAUUGACGUCUGAAAUAAUCGCACGACAAUAACGGUCCCGCUGUGAAAGGACCUUUGUUGUCGUAAAUUUCUUUAUCCGUAUAUUUUCGGUUUAUUGCCCAGCCCUAGAUUCUAGAUACUAAUGUCUUGUCAUACAUGAUGUACAUUCAGACCUCUCAGGUUAUGAUGGCUAAUGCUAAUUGUGGUGAGAUAUUAGAAUAGAAAUGACACAGAUUGACUUGGUAGGAUAAGAAGAUUUGAAAAACGCAAAGAAAUUGAGAUAACUAAUAAGAAUAAAACCUUCAUAUGUUCCAUGUGUGUGUGGGGGGCUGUUGAGCUGACAGCUGUGAGGCAGGUGCCGUGUUGCGCCUCACUCUGACUAAGAGGGGGAUGUAUUUUGAGGAGAGGGUGAAUGAGGGGCGUAAGGAAGGGUGUGGGGGGGGUGGAUAUUGAUUUGUCUCCUGCAGCAGAGGCUCUCCCCCUCUCGACCACACGGAGGGCUGGAAUGCAUGGAGAAUACCUCUGAUGGUGUGGCCCAGACAAAACACACAUUGUGCUGGUAGGUCACGGAUGGUGUGAGUUGCCACUCCCAUGGGUCGUGACAGAGACGUCUGCGCGCUGCGAACGAAAAUAUGGAGGAGAUUAACUGCUGAUGACCUGCGAUGGUCGCCUAGGCCUGUAAGGAUACACAGGAUGUGAAAGUAACUGAUGAUGAUGAGGAGAAAGAAAAUUGGAGUAGGGAUGAUGAGGCUCAUAAGGGUAAUGAGAUUUGGUCUUACGUGUGUGUGUGUGUGUGUGUGUGUGUGUGUGUGUGUGUGUGUGUGUGUGUGUGUGUGUGUGUGUGUGUGUGUGUGUUGUAUGGGGCUGGAAGCGAUCAGCGUCUACGUAAACCCCUCCUUGGAUGUUUUGGACAUGAGUCUUGCCUCACACACCCUGUCUUAGUUUCAGUCGUGCUGUACAGUCAUGUCAACGUGGGAUCUUGUUUUGCCACUUCGCUGUACAAGAGUGAGAGAAGAAAUGCCGUGAUUUUUGAUACGCAGGGACAAAUAUAGAAGAAGAUACUUUAAUCGUGAUAAAUCUGUUGCUCGCGGUUCUUUUUUUAACUUGGAAAUCUUGGCUCGGCUCACCUCUGUGUCUGUAAUUUGAGUAAAAUUCAGCCGCCGUCCCUUAUGGCUCAUCUGAAACUCAUUAAUUAUGGUAAAAGAGGUUGACCCAAUUCAUCAGAAGUGAUCGCAAGCCACCCAAAAGCAAAAUCAGGUCAAGAACUCUGAAAGCUUCUUUACCUGCUGCUGUCCGCCCAUGACGGACCAUCGUCUACAUCUCCUUGAAAAUACCAGAGGAAAAGAAUCGAGGCGUUUUUCUCCCUGUGUCUUAUUCUGGACACGAUCCAAACUCACUACCCUGGUGCGAUCAGCUCAGCAGACAGAGGGCACCACACUGGGCUUCAUAAUCUAAUUACAUGCUUUAUUUGCCUCAAUUUGUUUCUCAAUCAGUCUGCUUGAGGAAAAAAAGCCCUCCUCCUGGGCCGUCAUUUACACCUCCCUGUCACCGCUGCCCUACUCUGCCUCUGUGGCUGUGAAUCUAACCCAAGUCUCGGGGUAGAUUCACUCAAUGUAGAAAGCUGGUCACACCUGAGGUUUAUUUGAUUUCACUACAGUAAAGGAACAUUUACAUAUUUGUACAUAUUUGUAUGUUUGAAGGGAAUCAAAUAUUUGUUGUAAACUUGAUUAUUAACAUCCCUUUACCGUUCCAUUAAGAGAAAUAGAGCCUUAUCGUACAUUACUUGUGCUAAAGUUUACCAGGUUUCCUUCUCAACCAACUCAGUCAAGUAGGAUCCACGUACCUUAAUUGUGGGGUCAGGCCAGUAGCCCAUGUUUAUUAGGGGUGGGAAUCAACAGUGGCCCCACAAUACGAUAUUAUUACAAUACUUGGGCCACGGUAAGAUAUUAUUGCGAUUCUUAACACUUUGCAGUACAGUGAGUAUUGCAAUUUAUACAGUUUUCUUGACUGUUUAGUGAGUUUAGCAUUUGUCUUUCCUUUAUGUUUGUCUAUGUAACGUGUUCCCAAAGUGGCCACAUUUCAGAGGCGUUAGAUGCUGCCUAAAGUUGCUUCGUGGAAAACAGUAAAACACUCUCUGGUGUUUUUGUUGGUAUAGUUUGUGGUUAAUGACAAUGUUCAACAACUAGUGGCUGAUAAUCAAAAUAGUUUUCAAGCCCUGUCGAGGUGACCUGAAAAUGAAGGGACAUUCGUGACUUUAAAGCUGUUUGACUGUUGGAUUGGUGUUUAGCUGACAAUUGCAGGUUUUUAUACAAAGUACCCCUGAAAAUAAAAACAGGAUGAAAAUGGUGUUAUAUUGUGAUGAUUUAUGGUGAUUUUUUAUUUUUUUUGGCACACCUGUUUUUUAUCCCUACGGCUGAGUCUAAAUGAGACUAAAUAAGUCUGAAGAAACUUUUUUUUGAAGUUUCAAUAGUCUGAACAUCCUUGAAAAAGCAGGGAAUCUCAGUGACAUGCCAGGUAGAGCCAUCCUUUAAACCAUCCUUUUUUUAUCUUUGAUUAAAAGCCCUAAACACAAGCUGUACCACUCAUUCUAAAAGUAUUUUGUAUUUGCUGCAUGUUUUAACCUUCUUCCUGCGUUAGCUUUUACUACACAACCACCAUGUUAAGGGUUGGUUUUGACCCGCAUCAUAAAUCAGCUGUAAAUUACACUAAAAACAAUUCUCUAUCAUCCAAUUUGGUUCUCAUCUCUAGGUUAACUUGUUAAGCUUCAUUAUCCAUGAAAAUAUUUCAUAGAAUAUUUCUUGUAGUGGUCCUCUGGGCCUUUCUUUGUCAGUGUACCCCUCACACAGACAUCUAUACUGAAUUAAUCUCACAUGUAUGGAAGAGGAAUUUUAAGAAGAGCAUUUUAUAAUUUAGUCAAUUAAAUUUUUUUGUUCCUGACAAAGUCAAAAAGUCUAAAUGCACAAAAGCUCAUUUAAGUGGUUCUUUUAAGCUUUUAAAAUAAAAAACGGGUCGGUGCAGACCCUAACACAGGAGGAGGGUUAAGAAUUAUUCUGCACUAUGGAUCAGACACCGGCGCUCAAACAUGACCCCCGCCUACUUCGGCUUCUUUCUGUUCAAGUCUUUGGCUCAAGUACAUCAAACUGUACAACCCUGUAUUCUACCUUGAAGCACCUUUGGUUCGAAGCAUCCCAAAUGAAACGAUUAGCUUAGAGGGCUGUACAGCACUUUGAUGGAAGGGGCAAAGGUCCACCUCUCAGUUACGCACUUCUCAGUGCUCUGAAAGGCAGGAAACAAAGCGCUGUAGUAACUACAUCUACUCAGAACACCCAGAGCACAUUUUAGCUCAGUGCUAGAGGACUGCUCCCACUUCCCUUGCCUGUAACACGCGCACAAAGGGAACAUUUGUCCUCACCGUAGGGGACUGCCUGGGCCUAAAUGGGGAUCUUGGGGUGCUCUCAGCGGGGCCUGGAGCUCCGUCUCAGGGGUACACUAAUGGGGAACGAAAGGCUAUCAAAGGGAAGUAUCACGAUGGCAUCAAGGGGGGUUAUGAGAAAACAAAGAUUCCUUUCCUGAGUUCCCCCUUCCAUCAUUUACAUGGUAAUCAGGCGCAGCUCAUAUAGACUCCUCUGUUUCAUUUACUUUGUCUAUUUUUGUUACUCACUCUAUUUACUACCACCAGCUCCAGCUUUGUGGCCGUGCAUCUUUGUUUUUUCGCUGAUUUUACUUAAAAUCCUCGUCCUUUUCCUCCCACCCCCUCCGACAAACUUCACUCCUGUCUUCUUUUUUUUUGUGUGUGUCAACCACUCCACCUCUUUGCUCUCUACCAGUAUCCAUUCUCCCGCCUCCUUUCCCUGCAUUUUUUCAUGUCCCGGUGUUCCCCCGGCAACCUCAUUCACACAGAGUAUAAAGGAGAGUAAAAGCAUGGAGCAAAGAUCCGUGCACAACAAUGAAGUUUGUUCAUAUUCAGGCUGCCUGAAAGCUCCAAUCCUUCUUCCACCGGCCCAUCACUCUCCUCCACUACAACUCGCUGUCCAUCCAUCUCUUCCUCUCUUCCUCCUUCUUCUUCUUCGUCAUCUUUUACUUAAGUAAUUGCAACUUAAUGCUUCCCUGAAGUGUGAACCAAAGAAGACUCUGGAACCAAUUUAUGCCCGUUGGAGAGAGAGCUAAAAGCAAAGAAAAAAAGAAGUCUUUUUUUUUUCUUUUUCAUGAUAUGGCCUCAUGUCACGUCUUUCUGUAAGUGUCUGGCCGUGUGACGGCAUAGCAUGGGGCAAUCACUGCAGCUAUGAACUCUGUGGAUUGCAGGGGCCUUUCAAAGCGGAGGGAGGGAUGUAUGGUCUAUGCCUUCUUCACCUCCCGGUAAUCUAUCAUAGAAAAUGGAGGCAUUUGCACUUCUUCAUAGAUCUACUUGGACAAGGAGCCGAGUCAUUUGGGAUCUGCAGUGCAUGUGUGGUCAAUGUGAAAGAAAUCAUAUUUAACUCCUUAAAACACAUGAUCAAAUGGGGAUGAAAUACGAUGACGUAGACAAGGACUAUUUUUUAAGAGUAUACAUGUGCAUUCACCGGUCACCAAACAAAUUCACUCAGCAGCCAUUUUUCUUAGGCGUAACCAUCAGGUUAGGAAGUGGGGCUGUAACAAUGUAGUCAUUGAUUAUUGCAGUCUUUUAAUAAAAUACCUGAAAGUAAAUAAAAAAGUAAUAAAGUAAUACACGGGUAUACAGCAUAUAACUAGCUAGUUCACAGAGAGGAGCAAUAGUGCUCCUACAUGUUAGUUGCCGUCAUGGACUUUAUAAAACAUGAAUGUGGUCUCAGUUGAUAAUCAUUGCUUGAAAUAUUUUGGUGAAAAUCUGAGAUUGUGGCGGCUGUAGUUAGGAGCUUUAAUAGGGUGACCAUACGUCCUCUUUUACCCGAACACGUCCUCUUUUUGGGGGGCUGUCUGACUUUGUCCGACUUUGUCCAGGGAAGUUUAUAAAAUCCUUCAAAUGUCCGGGGUUUUGUAUGGAAGUUUUGAGUUUGUGUCGCGUGGACUUACUGAGUUAGAAGCGCGUGAAAAACACUCAAAACUCUCAAAUUUACUACGCGCGACUCCGUGACUCCGCCCCUGUGUAGUUGCGUCCUCAUUUUGGGGAUUCAGAAUAUGUUCACCCAGUUUUAAUUCUUUUACAUUGUCAUCUUGUUGUGAGCAUUGGUAAACAAACUGUCAGUAUUUCACUGUCUGAAAGACAAACCGAUAGAGAAUUACCAAAGGACCAUAUUUCACAUUUAGAAAGGAAACUUACCUAACUUCUAGCUAACCAAGCUAAUGCUAGCAUGCUGCUACUUGUCACCUAAUAUUACCAUUAGCUAGGAAGCAGCUCAAUGCUAAAAUCACUUAUUAAAGGUGUUGUAAGAUACAGUUAGAAAGGGUUAGAAAUUCUAGGUCAGCAGGAAGUUGGUUAAAUGCUGAUACAAGCUGAUUCUUGAUACUAGCUUAGAUGCUAACUUCAGCUGCUAACAAACAUCCAAGUUAGCAAAGAGUCAAGUUCCCUCGCCAGAAUCUAACUCUGCAUCGUGUCUUCAGUUGCUCAUGAAUAGUGUUGACGUGAAAACCUAAUGAACUAAUUUUUGGAACUUAUAACCUGGACAAAUCUCGUACAGCUUUACAUUUUGAGUUCCCACCAAAGGAAAAAGGUCACCCUGCUGUAACGGUCAUAAAGAGCUGCCCUUGAGUUUAUUUCUUUGCACACACGGGUUUGUAUGUGUGUUUCCCUGCGGCAGAGAGCUAUGAGGCAAUUUGGGUGACCCCUCUGCCAGCAUGAGGUAUUUAUUUGUUCUUGCGCCCCCUCUGCAGAAAGCCUCCUCUGCCUAGUUCUUCAUGGAUGGCUAAUUCUCCCUUCCUGACCUCCCUUUGUGUGGCAAUGACCCCCUUCACACCCCUGCCUUCUACUCCAUCGAAAAGCUGCUAACCCUCCGCGCUCUUUCCCCCCCUCAUCCACACUGCAAUAAAUGCAAAAGCUUGACAUGGUCCUCCCCAUGCCUUGAAGUGAUCUCGGUUUUUUUUCUUUUUCUGGAGGUCGGGGGGCCUGAGGUGACAAACGAGGUGAGAUUUGGAGGGAGGGUAUGGGGGGUUGAAGUGGAUGGAAGGUGGUCUACAGAGGCUUGAAUCAUUCCCACAGUCUGACAGGGAGUGAGUGGGUAGAAGGCCGAGGUGAUUUGUAUUUCUGCUGAGUUGCUGCUGCUGCUGCUGCUGGUACCAUCAGCUCCUUCUGCAGGUCCUUAUCAUCAGGAGGUUGUAAGAGUCUAAAGAGGCACUAGCACAACAAAACAAGCACUUUCCAUAAAUCUUACAGUGGCGGUCCCCCGUCAGCCAACACAAUGAAACCAGACUGAUGAGUGUGUCGACCAGUCAGCCGAAAAACUUCUACCAACUGAACCCUUUUUAGAGAUUUUUAAGAAUAUAAAUAUCACAGACUGACAAGAAAACACAGAGGAGAUGUCCUGUAAAGUCAAAUUAAUUUACAAUCGAACUCAACUUGGACAUGAAAGUGAGUUUUUCUCACAUAUUUUCUUUCUAAAGCAAAUUUAACAACCUGUUGGAAAUAUUUAUCCAUUUUUUAACGGUACUGCAAAUGAAAGAAAUCUAGCUACUUGUAGAUAAACACACUGUGCUGCAGUUUUAACAAACUUUUACAUGUACAAUUUAUAAUUCUAAACUGUACCACACAUAGAAAGUGUAACUAAUGAUUAACACUGUGAAUUCAAAUGCUGUAGUUUUACUACAUGUACCUGAAUAUGCUCAUGUAUUGGAAGAUGGUUUAGCUUUACUCUUACUGCAUCUAAUCUUAAUUCAGCUUUAUUCAAACAUGAUAAAAAAAAUGAUAAAAACAUCUCAAAGAACAGAUGAUAAACAAGAGUAAAAAUGGAUAAAAGUUGGUUUUGGCAAAAAAUGGUCAAAGAUACUACUAAAUCUACUACUAUUAAUACCAAUACUACUGCAUUAGAAUUGUAUAUUUUAUGAUACCUCCUAGUGAAAAAACAAUUUUGAAAAAUUCAGGGAUAGAAAAUGUUAAAAAAUGAAAAAAAAAAUGUUGCCAUAAAAGACUACAUAGAAGAUAUUUCUUCGUUCAGCAGUGUAAUCAAGAAAUGAUAGUUUUUGGUAUCUGUUACUGUUACUAUGUAUUUUCUUAAAACUAAAAUUCUCAAGAGUUUUUUUUUUUUAUCAGAUUUAUUUUAUAAACUUUUAAAAAAAGUUUGACGAUCAUAAUUAAAACUUUUUUUCCAAUAAGCCAUGUAUGCUACAGCUUUGUAACACUCUGUGGCAUGUGGACCGGACAGUUUAUUUAUUUUAAUAUUAUUUGAAAUUGGAUGUAAAAGCAAAUUCACAUUUUUUUCCCUUAUUUUAAACUGUAUUUUGUCUCUUCUUAUAUUUCCAGAUUGUGACUCUUACUGCAAGGCAUCUAAAGGCAAAUUGAAGAUCAACAUGAAGAAGUACUGCAAGAAAGAUUACGGUGAGUCAGUAAGCAACACACAAUCCCUUUUAUGACUUGGACCAAUAUUUGUUUCUACAGGAGAGUUUAAAAACAUGUGGCCUGAUGGGAAAAACACACAGUUUUCUUUUCUCUGUCCUGGCGCUCGAUGAGAAACAAGUUUCAUAUCCUCAGAGGACAAAUCAUGUGUCAAACUUUUGGGGAUCAUUAGAGUCACUGUGCAUCAGAGCUCCUCAGAAAACUGCCUAACUUGGUGCAGCUUGUUGCCGGGGAGCGGCUAUAGUUCACAGAUGAGGCUGAUCUUACUGAUGGCUUACUCCAGCUUUCUGAGGCCAGAGACAAAGCAUCAAACAGAGGAUCUUCAAGGAGGAAGAGAGAGGAGCAGACAAACAGAAAGAGAGAAAGGGCAGGAUGAAGAAUUAGGCAGAGGGGGUGGCUUUUUGAGUUUGCAUUGAAGACCCGGCCGGAUAAAGCACAGACAGUGUGACGGACAGUGGGCGCUCUCUAAGAGAUCCUCAUUAAGCUGGACCAUUUCCCCCGCUCUUCUCGCUGCAUUCCUGUGAGCGCCCGUCCGCCACGCCAUUCAAGGUGAGGAUAAGACGUAUGACCUCUCCCCUCUGGCCCUCCCUCCACCCCCUCCCCCCCGAUUGAAGUCAGUCUGUUGAACUGGUCAACAGAUCAGCGGUAUCCUGAUGCAUACCGCGGCGGCUUGAUGGACAGGCGCAGACUUUGUUCCGCAGGGAUUUGGAGGAGUUAGGAGGUCAGCUUAUUGACACCUCCUCUUCCACCGGGGACUAUCUCACCGCUGAUGUGGUGAGAAGACUUCGCAACAGAAAUAUAAAUCAGUUUAAGCAUGAAUAUAUCAGUUAUUGGUCCCUUUGGAGAGGUGCAAUACCACAAUCGCAACAUUUGAUGCAAGGUUUUUUUUUUUUAAUCUUGCAGAUAUUUACUUAUUUAUUGUUGAAUAAGAAUGUAAAUCCUCUUAGGUUGGCUUUGUCAUUUAUAACCUCAGAGGGGAUCAUUUCCAAUUUCGUUAAUAACUUUUUAAUAUGAAGUAGCUAGGCUUAAAUAAAGUAUCUUUACUGAGACCCUUUACAAUAAACCCAUCAAAGAAAAUCAAAUAUUUAGAGUCAUAUAGAGUGAAUUACUGAUUUGCUUUGUUAAAGUUGGUGUUAGAACUGUUGGCCACUUUGCAAUCCCACAAUACCUGUGAUUCAUCAAGACGUCAACCUAUCAGAGACUGUUUCUGACUUUCCACCAAUCAGGGGUGUUCCCAGGUUUUUUUUCUACAAUUGCUGAGCUGGCAUUAAGUCUGUGUGCUCAAACGAGCAUAUCUGUCUCCAAUAACCAUGUCUGCCUCAGCCUCUGUUAUUAAUGCUACUAGAUAGGGCUGGGCAAUAAACCGAAAAUUUAACAAAACCGAAAUUAACGACAAUAACCGACGUCAUUUUGCCCAUGUCAAUAUAUUCGAUGUCAUGAAAAUAAAUAAAUAAAAGUUGGUUUUGGAUUAUGUAGGCUAUGGUCUCAUGUCCCUUUAAGACGCUGUCCUAUGUCAGAGAUGUGACUCCACCCCAUCAGCUUGUGGAAUAGUUAUCAUCCGAGGUGAACUGCUCAAUAUAUUGUGAUAUUGAUUUGAGGCCAUUUCGCCCAGCUCUACUACCAGAGCGUGUUAUACUCCUAUAUGUACAUUUUACAUUAGAAAGAAACACAACACAGUGAGAAUCCUGGAGUCAUACAAAUUGAAAUCUAUAGGGACUUAAAUAACAGAUGUUUGUCAAAGACAAAUAAAAGGAUCCCACUGAGCAUUUUUUGGUGUAAAAGAGGUCUAAUAGACGUCUAAAUGUAGCCUAGACAACUGGUCAAAAUCAGGCUACGACAGGUCUAAGAAUGAAAGUGUUUUAGAUGCCAAAAUUAGACCAAGUCUAAAUGUGGGCUGUAUCUAUACUACACUGUAUAUUGCUCAAUGGUUAUCGUAAUUAUAUUGGUCAAGUACUUGGAGAUCAAUUAUGCAACUCACAGUUGCUUUUUGGUUGAAAUUAGGUCUAAAAAAUCCUAGAUGUCCAAUAGCCACCUUAAACUCAGAGGGAUGUAGCUAACUGAAAUUAUAUUUUUUAAAAAGCCAGGGUAGUUGAUUUAACCCAAGUCCCACAUUUGACAAGGCAAAUAGAUAAUCAUAGUUGGACCCACCUGGGUGGCCAAUCUCAUUCAAAAGGCCCUUGACCCAUGCCUGCUGCCAGUCAGUAGCUUUUUUAUAAAUGUGAGUCAGCACUGUUGUCAGAUGGAUAAUAAACCCAUGUUAUCUUACUUAUAUCUUAUUUACGGCAGCACGGCCUUGUAGAACAGCCAUAAUGGUGCUUUUGGAAAUCACACCAUGAUGCUUUAUCUGCAGAGACAGUUAAAACAUUUGUGAUCAGAACCUUUUGUAAAGGUUUACUGCCUUGAGCAUUAGGCGUAGAAUUAACUAAGAAGUGUUUUGAUUAUAACUUAAAGAAAUCUUUCAUUAGCGGGACUGUUUUUAACUUCAAACCUGACGUGAUAGAUGACAGACAGUUUCAUCAGCAGGACCUUUAUGUCACGCAUGAGUGAUAACCGCAGGCUCCGUACGUUCAAGGGCGGAGAGGUGGAGAGAUAAAAAGAGACAUCAGGAUGUUGUGGUGAAGAGACAAUCACUCAUCACAUUACUGAGUACCCUCAUGUAUGUACAUCCCCCAAAAAGUGAAGCCGAGGGGGGCCCGACCGGUUUGCCAUGUGUACGUUGUGUUUGUCUGGAGUGUAGGGGGUCUGCUGGUAGCGAUGGUUGAGAUAGUGCGAUGUAAAAGACAAAUAGAUUCUUUUGCUUUAAAGUUUUUGUUUGAAGAGGAAGGAUAGUUUAAUUUGCAGGAUUGAGAUCACAGUUAACACUAACGUAAAAGAAGUAACCAACAAAAACACUGGCGGUUUUAUUUCCUUAAAAACGUUGUAGUUCACUGGAGGUCAGUUAUAAGACGUGUUAACAUUUUUUAUUACUUUUGUCAGAAAUGGGGUCAUAAUGGUUAUUUCCCCAUUAUUCAUUUUAAAGAUUUUAACUAUCAGGUUCAAACAUUUCAAGAAACCAUCCACUCAGGGUUGUUUUCCUUGCUACCUCGCCAUCAGCGGGCUUUGUACAUGAGAAGCAUUCAGCUCCUUGUCAUAUCCAGCAGCACAUUCAAAAUUUAUACGAACUGGAACAAGAUUCCCAGAGAGUUAAAACCGCGUAAUAGCUCAGCGAAGUGGAUCGAAAAGUCAAACACAAUGUGAAUCUACAGAAUGAGUAGAGCGAGCCAUGGCUGUGGGUUGCGGUGAAAAGAUCAGCAGGGGAGCGGGGCUCCAUGCUGCGUAGAGAAACGAUGCUACAAGCUUCUGCGGUCGACAUACAGACGCACAUAAAGAAUCACAGGAGGGAGCGGGGGAGGAGGGGGGAAAUGUCUGAUCUCACAAUAAUCCCUGGUUAUAAUUACGUCAUGCAUUUCAGAGUACAGUGAGCAUUGACUGGAAUGAACACAGAGAAUAAAAACAGGUGAUUGGUACGAGGUAAAGCUGAGGUCACUGUCAGGUCACACAGUGGGGCCUUUUUGACACAGCAGAAGAGAGACAACAGGAUUGGAAAUAUGAAAACAACAGAAUUCAUGGAGGAGACACUGCUGUUGCAUGGAUUACAGGACAAGAUCAAGACCUACUUUUGGGUAACACAGACAGUACCUCCUUUCAAGACCAACCUGACAGAGAAACAAUGGAUCUUUUCCUCAGAAUAUUUGCUAAUUAAACAUCAACUUUGCCAGAGUGUCAACAGGUAUUGCUUGGCUAAAUAUUAGAGCUAGGCGAUAUGGCCUCAAAUCAAUAUCACGAUAUAUUGAGCAGUUUACCUCGAUAACGAUAAAUGAACGAUAACUACUCCACAACUACUCCCACAUUAACUUCGUCAACUUCAGCCGCUACAACUUUUAAACCGUCCUCCAUCUCCUCACCUGUCUUUCCUUCUUUGUUAUGGACUGGAUGGGGUGGAGUCACGUCUCUGACAUAGGACAGCGUCUUAAAGGGACAUGAGACCAUAGCCUACCUACACACAUCCAAAACCAACUUUGAUUUAUUUAUUUUGACACAGAAUAUACCAACAUGGGCAAAAUGACGUCAGUUAUUGUCAUAAAUUUCGGUAUCAGUAAAUUUUAGGUUUAUCGCCCAGCCUUACUAAAUAUGCAAAAAGUCUUUUCCUACAAAUUGAUCUGAUAUGUGGUGUGUAAUCAUGUUGUUCCUAGUAAGACUUUUGUUGUUGAGAAUUAAUUGCCAUUAUUGUUGGGUUUUGACCAAUCAGAAUCAAGUGUAUAAAACAGCCGGGUCAUAAGCUAGUUAAGUGAUAAUUACAUAUAAUAGAUUCAUCUUACAAUCUCUAGUUGAAAUCUGUUGACUGUUUCUCUGGGCGCCUGAUUUGAAGUCUCCUGCUCAAUCAAUCCAGACACAGCCUUUCUGCUAUAAUGCACCAGGCUAUAUACAUAUUCAGGAGAUACACAAAGUUAAAAGACCCACUGCUGCUGUAGUCGGAGUGCCUCUUAGUUCAAGUGCUUCCAUGCAUACAGACCCUGUAAGGUUUAUUUCAAAAGAAGUCUUGUAAAGGAACCAGAAUCAAGUGCCUAACAGGAAAAAGUAUCAUGGGACUUUACAGCGAUCCGAUUAAUAUAAUACAUAUUGAUACAUGCUGCAUUUGGAUCAAUCAGAGAACACUCUCUGAAGGACCAAUCCAGCUGAUUCAUCAUGUGAUAUCACCCUGAGACUUCCAGCUCAAGUCUCUAAUAGCCCUCACUACCCUAUAAAUCACAUUAUAAGGCACUGCGCUCUGUCAGUGGUAAUGGACAUUAUGCAUGUGAGGCUUUAUACCACUAUUAGACCACUGCAGUCAAUCCCACUAGGGUGUAAUUAUUAAUCUUUUUUUUUUUUGCCAUUUUUUUCUGCAAUCUCUUAUCACUCCUUUCACUCCGGUAAAAAGAGUGAUAUGCUUUCAUGUGUAAGUGUAAGACCGCCAUUUUCCCAAAGAUGAACUGUGGCUCAGAGAAGCUGUUCCACCGACUGACGUGCAUUUGGACUGAGCAAACAGACUCUCUUUUGAAAUUAUGCAAUGCAGUCCCAAAAAUCUUUAAUAUAAGAGCCAUUUGGGGUUAGUGAGGCCGAUCAGCCAGUCCUCUCAAAAUUCCUCCGAAUGUGUAAUGAUCCCUCGUGGCCUCUGUAGGGGUCAAAACUCACUGCAAGCUUCUCUCCACACUGUGCCCUGUUGGAUUUUAAUUGCCAACUCCACACUUGUGGUUUUAUGUAGACAGAAUAUCCUGACGUUUGAAUAAUGGCCACAGCUGGAAAAAGAGACAGUGUGUUUGGCAGAAAACGAUCCUUUCCUGGAUUCACUGUGACAGAGAUGUUUGGAUGUGGUGGUUAUUUCUACAGUUGACAGCUAAUGCAGCAAAAUUGGAACAAAGUGCAAGUCUUCAUUAAACCAAUUGAAAUAUCUGCAUAUCUUCAUACAGGGGAGUGGAGGCUGGGUGAACUAACAUGUCUGAUUUAAUCGCAUUGAUAGAUCCACAUGGAAAAUGAAUUUAAAGACUGAGUUAAAUUGUAUACAGCGCAAAGACAAAUAAAAUAUUCAAAUGAUUAAAUAAGAUUAUAUGCUCGUGCAAAAUUUGACACAACACGGUUACAAAAAAGGUAGACAUCUUUUUAGACGUGAUUUCUAACUCAUGCAGUCAUUAACCCUCCAGAUUCGCUGAGUCUUUUAAUGAUAUUUUGAAAUGUAGAUGAUAAACUAGCUACAAUUUAAAAAACUAUCUCCUCACAGAGUGUCAGACUUCUUUCUAUCUUUACUUCUGAUAGACUCAGCCUCUCUUAAAAACCCUUUUUAUACCAAGUCACGUUACCAACCAGGUGAAGAUUAAAGCUCCUGUGAGUAACUUUUGUUUGUGUCAGUUUUGGCCCUCUGUGUACACAUCAGUCUUUGCUUAUCUUGUCUUAUACAUAUUUAAGUAGUAGCCUCUAACAAAAAAAAAAAAUCUCAUUUUUUUGAAAGUUGUGUGGAAAUUGGCAAAACAGCUGUUUGACUGACACCUACUUCCUCACACCAGUUUCAGGUGUAAAAAAUCACAAUAAAAAAUUGUGAAUUGUGUCCCUGGUGGUUUUGUUUGCUUUUGUCUAAAAAGGCAUUAACAUGAAUUUAAGUCUAUUUUACUAAAGUUAAAAAAAAAUCCUAACUGGAGCUUUAACUGGAUUAGUUGCACUCUAAAACCUCUAAAAACUAAUUCCUGGGUAUUACAUGUUGAGUUAAAUUUCUGGGUCAAUUUUCAGAUCCAUCCCCAUUUCUUGGGUCAUAUGGAUUCUAUUGUAAUCCAAUCUGAGGAUGAUUUGAAUGGGUUAAUAAUUAUGGGUUAUUUUUGUGAGAGUAACCCAAUAAUUGGGUCAGAACGUUGGGUUUGAUUGACUCUGUGUGGUUUCUAGGCCUAAUGGCAAUUAAAGUGACCUGGUGACCUUGUGAACUUUUACCUUGAUUUUAUAUACAAUAUGAUAUAGGCAAGACCCUUAGCACUAUGGCCUACCUCAUAAACACGAGUGUGUACCAUUAAAAGCCACAUAAGCUCAGACAGUCCAGGUUGUAAAAGCAGAGCUCCCAAAAAAAGCUCCCCAGAUGCAUAUAUCAAUUUUACCCAAGAUCAUGAGUCAAAUUAACUCAAAGAUUGGGUUAACUUUACCCUUAAAAAGAGUCAUUGAGUCAAUUCAAAAUUUGAGUUAAUUUGAAUAACCCAACAUUCUGGGUCAAAAUAACCCAAGUUGGGUUGUUUUCAGAGUGUGGGAAAUGUCAUUGGAGGUUUUUUGUAGCGCUACACAACUUUUUCAGUGUUUGUUGAUCUUGUCCAACCUUUUUGACCUGGGUAUCAAAAUUAAAAGGAGAAUAUAGACCAUUUUAACUGUAAUUAAACAUUUAAAUUGUCGUCUUUGCACCAUUUCCAGUCAGAGAGAGAGUUUCAAAACCUUCACAUGACAAAUGAGACGACGGACAAUUGAAUUUCCCUUCGGGGAUCAAUAAAGUUAUUCUUAUUUUUCUUAUUCUUAAUCAGUUUUACCACAUGGUGUCACAAUGUGAUUUUAUUACACAUCUAUUUUGGACUCUUGGUUGUAUCCUCUUUAAUGCUGUUAUACAUGAAGGGUAAUGUGUUGUUUGUGGCUGUUAUUGCCAUGGCACCUCUGUAUCUUUGUUGACUGUUGAUUGUUUUUUGUUUUUAGCGCUGUGGGUGCUGUUUACCACUUGAGUCCACUUAGUUACGCUACGUUUUGUAUCAGACGUCUUAAACAUUAGCUUGUUUUCAUUGGUAGCCUGUUAUUGUGAAGCUCAAAAAAACUGCUGUGUGUAAUUACAGCCUCAUUAAGUUGUUUAAAUGACUGCAGACUCAUCGUCUUGUUAAGAAAAUUACCUAUUGCGGACACGCUGAUUGCAUGUCAGUGGAAUGUAAUAAAUCUCUCAUUAAGUGAUAAUGUGUCAUUUCUGUUGCAGCCGUGCAGGUGCACAUCCUGAAGGCAGACAAAGCCGGCGAGUGGUGGAAGUUCACCGUCAACAUCAUCUCCGUCUACAAGCAGGGCGAGAGCCGCAUCCGCCGCGGGGACCAGUUCCUGUGGGUGCGCGCCAAAGACGUGGCCUGCAAGUGUCCCAAGAUCAAGCCGGGGAAGAAGUACCUGCUACUGGGGAACGAUGAGGACUCCCCCGGGCAGAGCGGGGUGGUGGCAGACAAAGGCAGCCUGGUUAUCCAGUGGAGGGACACAUGGGCGCGCAGGCUCAGGAAGUUCCAGCAGCGCGAGAAGAAAGGCAAGUGCAAGAAGCCAUAGGAGGAGAAACAGACGGAGAGGAUGGCAGAGAAGGAGAGGAAAAGCUGAGCGGGUCAUUUGAAAAAAAAAAAAAAAAAAGAGUGAUAGAAGAGAGGCCGAUGGAGGACCAUGGACAGACAAGAGACUGUUUAUGUCGCUGCUUUUUGUUUAGAAGCAUGAAGAGAAUUAUUUAGGAUGACUUUUUUUUUCUUUAGUGAACUUUUGUUGAAGGAGCUCACCUUGCAGAUUUGGUUUUACGGUUUAUUUUACUUCUUUGUCUCUCUUGUGGAUUUGCCGAAUUUGCACCUAUUACCAGCAUAUAAAGUUAUUUGUGUUUCUUUAUCUCAGUAUGACAUCAUUAUAUUUUUAUGGUUUUAAUUUUAUGGACAUUUACUACUGGUUCAAAAACGACAGAGAAAAAAGCCACUCAGUAACCACUGCAGUUUUGAUUUCCUUUUUUGUUGAUUGAGCUUAGAAGCACGCUUGUUUCAUCGUGGGUCAGAUUGAGACACGAAUGUUUCCUCGGUUCAAAAAUGUUUCAUAAAACCUCCUUUUUUUAUUUUUUUCACAGCGUAUUUCUCUGUCACUGCUUUCCCCCUUUUUUCUCUCCCUCUUGACAAAUUCAGGUCUAUCUGCAACCCCAAAAACAUGAAAGUGUUGUCCUACUUUUAAGCUUUUACACUUUUGAAACAUCAUGGAGGAUAAACAAAGUAUUGGCUGAAACGUUUCAGCCUUUCUUCAGUCUCGUUCUAUCUUAACAGGUCAAAUUUUGGUGCUUCAGUAUUAAAAACAAACCUGCAUGAGGACUUAUGUAGUUAAAAUUACUACAUCUUUGGGAAAGACAGACAAACAUCUAGAACGACUUUUUUAAAAGUUCAGUACUCACAGCAGGAGUCUACUACCAGCUCACAAAAUGAUAUAACACUAGUAUUACUGAUUGUUAUAGGAAGAGUUUGAAACUGUAAAAAAAAAUCAUGAAAUCUUCUCCAAUAGAGAUGAAAAUCUAAACAUUAAUAUGAAUUUAUAAGUGGCUUUAAAAUAAAGUUUUAAAAGUCAGUAUGCUUUAUUUUACUAGAGCUACAUUUUUGACGACGUUGACUUUGCUCUGCCACAAAAUGAUGCAAUCUGCAAAAGUAACCCGGGGUAGAUAACAAAUUUCCUGUCAUUACAAAUCUUGAUUUUAAUACCAUGUAUGAAAAUGUACCUUAAAGAGAGAGAAAAACCUCUUCAUCAGGACUCUGUGUCUCAUGGCGGCACACACUUUCUUUGUGAAGUUAGAGACGUUAUUUAAACUCGGCGCAGAUUGAAGUAAAGAAUAAAAAGAAAGUUAUCUCCUUACCUCAUGUGGUGCAGCAGUUACUCCUACAUGCAAACAAAUAGUUCUGUUCAUACAUUUAUUGAGUCCACCUCACGCUGCCUCAUUUUCACCCAGAAUAGAUCCUACAGUCCUACAAGAUAGCAGUUAAAUACUGUCAGAGUCCACACACAAACACAAUGCACGACUGUACAUUCCCUGAAAAAGGACACUCGGGAGCCGCAGUGUCCCAUUGACCUGUCACCCUAAUUCUCUUCACUUCCACAAUCGCACUGAGGGAAAUGCGCUGAAUUGCAAUCACUUGGUGCUGCUUGACUCAAACCACAUUACUCAUUUCAUUUGUGAGCAGUUCAGUUUGGAUUUCCCUGAGGAAUGCGUGGUCUUAAAAAAAAACACACACACACACACACACACACACACACACAGCUCAGGUUUGUGGCGGCCCGCAGUGUUUGUUCUGUAUCAUUAAGUGGGGUUCCUUCCUUCAAUCCAUCCUGAAACAUCUGUUUGAUGCUGCUGGUGUUUGCUGUUUUACAAGAUUAUAUUUAACACCUUUAAGUGAGUCGGAAAAGGGUUUGAAGAGCCGUUCGAGACACGUGGUUUUCAUCUGGCGGAUGCUCGACUUCCUCUGUUGAGGUGACAAUAAUUUCUGAUUCCAGGAAACGAGAAAUCUAAACCACUCAAGAUGACUUGUUUUUGAUUUUGUUGUUUAUUUUUCACCACAAAGUUAAUCAAAAGGUUAUUUUAUGUCUAUCAUCACGCUUCCCCACCAUCACUGACAUCAUGUUCACAGAAAUAAUCGAUCUCCAUGUUCCUGUCUCUCAUUUUGAAUUUACGAAACAGCUUCGAUGUCAGUGUUUUAUGUUCGGCACAGUGUAAUCUGUAAUCUCACCUCUAUAAUCUGUGUAGCCUCAUGCUGUAAAUUUUACAUCUAUCUCCUGAGCAAUGGUUUGACAAGCUUCCUGUUGAAUCGCUACACACACACAGACACACACACUUAGACCUGUCAAAGCAUUGCUUUGUGUUCAUACUAUGAAUUGUAAAUGUUGUUUAGUUGUCACCAUUGCCAAGACUUUUGCAAUGUUGUUUUACGAUGCGUACUAAUAUAUUAUGGUUAUUAUAUAUGAAUAUAUUUAAUGACACAAGACAUUGUGGAUUUUAUUGUCUUUUUCAACUUUUUUUGUACUUUGUUUGUGGUCGUUUAGAUUGUUGCCAUUAAAGAAGGAAAUAAUAACUACUGAACACACCAACCUGGUAGAACUAAAUUCAGAUUUUCAGUUGAAAUAAACUCUUGUUACAUUGAAAAUA